AUGGCUGAAAAAAGUCGUCGCCACAAGAUCCGAAUAUUCGCCGGUCAGUUGUUGGCCGCUGUGCAAUCCACUGUGGUUUCGGUAGCAGAAACUGCGACGACUCGCCAAGUAUUAAGGCUUACUCUUGGGAAUCUCGAAAUAAAAGGAAAGCCAGACAAUUUUGAAUUGGUAGAAGUUUGCUAUCGAGACAGCGUGUUGGACGACGACAGCGAGCGAGUUCUAAAUUUCACUGAACACCCUGUCGAGGUUCAACAGGGCUGGAGAAAACUACCACCGGAGAUACGAACAAAAUAUCGCCUUUUUAUUAGAGAAAAGGUGGUCGAAGAAGUAGAGGAAAAGCCAGAAUUACUUAGAAGAAACUGGAUGGACUGCCACGAGAGUGUAAGAAACUGCCAAGAGUUAGAUUUCGACUUGGAAUCUAAACUUCCGGAUGACGACCUCUGUCGUCUACCGACUUUGUCGGAGCAAACUUUGUUGGAACAUCUUGAAGAUAGGUUUUCCCAAGGACGAAUAUACACAUACGUGGGAGAAAUCCUUAUAGCAGUGAACCCUUUUCGAUUUUUUCCCAUGUACAAUCCGAAGUUUAUAAAUGCUUACACGAACCGGAACUUAGGAUCCCUGCCUCCUCACAUUUUCGCCAUAGCCGAUGUGGCCUUUCAUCGAAUGUUGCGAGAAAGGAAAAGUCAGUGUGUUGUGAUAAGCGGCGAAAGUGGAUCGGGAAAAACCGAAAGCACCAAGCUACUUGUUCACCAUCUCACAGCUUUGGCUGUUAAAUCGCACGUACAAACCUCGUCCGUCGAGAAGACAAUUCUUGGUGUAGGACCUGUUUUAGAGGUAAGCAAAGUACAUGUUUCCUCUCACGAAUCUUGGGUUUAAACUUUGUACUGUAGAUGCGUAAGUCUUAAUCUUUUGUCAAAGAGUGAGUGUUUUUAGAUGAGUAAAUAAACAGUUUCCUAUGAAGCUCAAGGAAACUGUCGUUGAUAAACGGAGAGUGAACCCCUUUCGCUCACACAGAAUUUUUAAAGUUAAAUUUAAUUUAAUUAAAAUGAUCGAGUGUCUUAUAUGUGCCAAAUUUGGUUUCCUGACUGUUUAAGAUGUGGCCAAUGUUUUGCUUUGUAAACAAGAAAAUUUUACGACUUUCAUGGGCAAUAGGCGAUCUUUUAAUGCAAUUAGAAAAUGUGGACUUGGGAAUGAUAAUAAAUGCAAAGUAUUUCAAGAAUUAAAGUUGCAAGUACUGUGUUGUUGAAUACUCAAAGCUUGUGUUUAUUUACACUCUAGAUCGUAAAAAGAAAAAAAACAAUUGGGUUCUUGAGACCAAGAAACUUAUUUUCACUAAUUUUUGUGAUUUCAAAUUUAUGAGAAUUGUGUCAGGGGUUCAAAAAAUUCUCAAGCAACAACAACAACGACAACAAACAGUAAUUUUUUAUUUUAUCUACUUGGGACCUGUUAAUCUCCCGGUAAUUACCUCCAGUAGGUAUGAACUGGAAAGGAGGUUAGAAAAUACAGUAUAUAACGUGGCAAGAUCAUGGUGGAUCAAAGGAACUGAUAAAUUCUUGCCCUGAGUAGGUUCAUGGGUUCCUUUGAUGCAUCACAAUCAGAGCAAUAGCGGAUCAUUGAUCCCGAUCUGGAUCAUCACAAAGGGACAUCCCUUAAGCCUGGUCCUCAUAUGUUGCAGACCUACCUGCAACAUUUCCACCGGUACUGCCUGGGAUACUGUUCCAAUAUAAGAACCGAAGUGGCCGGCCACAUUGGUUAUCCCAGUCUUUGUUGUUGGCAUGCCUGUGAGGUUGACGCAGGUUUGACUUUGCAGGCGUGUCAGUGGUAGAGCCCUGCAGUGGCUCUAGUUGCCGAUGGUGCAUGUGAACAGUAUCCCAGGGAGAGAUGGCGGCUAAGUUGGAGCUAAACUGGGGGAAAUGAGAACCAGGCUUAAGAGUCAGUUAGUGAGAGGUACAACUGUACAUGUCCUUUACCGAACAUUUGGGUUUAUUAUGAUGAAACCAGAUCGAUAUAGUGCAAACUGAUGUGUUUAGUGAAAGUAUUUGUCCUAUUUUUAUCAAAGGCAUUUGGUAAUGCAAGUACAGCAUACAACAAUAACUCCAGCAGGUUCGGAAAAUUUACUCAAAUCAAAUUUAGGGAAGAUGGAGCAGUUUGUGGGUAUGUACAGUUUGUGAGUAUGUAUGUAUGUAACGGUCAAGAUUAUUUUCUUACAAUCUUGUUGGAUACACUGUGGCUAAGAUCAGAACAACUUUAGAAUACUUUAUUUAUUGAAUUUGCCACAGUGACAGGUGAUUAAACAGGAUUUGCAUCCUUAUUGAUUUCAACCCUUUCAUCACCCACCAAGCCCAUGAAAGGUUGUACCACACCACCGGUGUCUACUCCCCUCACUCCUUAUGAACAGCGGUGUGGGUUCUUUUAUGUGCCACAAGAAUCAGAACAGUGAAAAAGCUUUGAGAUGGGGCCUGCGGUUUUUCGUCCUUAUCCGAGAAGACUAGAAUGUCUAACCAUUUGUAGAUGUCAAAACAAGGACGGCUGAUUCUCCUCAGUUAUUUUAAGGCCCUCAUGAGUGUUAGUCCAGACGGGGUUUGAACCCGUAACCUCCUGCUCGGCAGACCAAUGCUUAUAUAUCCAAUUAAGCUAACCGGGCAAGGGUAUGAAGUAUACAUGUAGUCGAUGCUUUUGUAUAAAGUUUAGUAGCAUCCAGAGCUGUCAUUAAGGGCCAUAACCUGUAACACCUGAUAUUGCUGAGCUCGCUUGAUGUUACAGGUGUUGAAAGUGCAAAGCUAAAGGUGGCACUAUAAAUUUUUGUGAGAUGUUAUGGGUGAAUCUUUACUUGCUAAGGCUGUGCCAAAACUUAGUGACAGCCCUGGCAUACAAGUACAUUAAAUAGACUCCUGAAGGGCAAAGACAGUUCAUACUGAUGGCAUUUUUGGUUUCCUGCCAGACUGUGGAAGCAGCUGUUGCGGAUGCCCACAGUAUAAUACUUAAUUUUAGUUAAAACUGGUGGGAUGGUAUGGGUAUUCUGAAGUUUUUCUGAUACAGUUCAUCAUGUGGUUUAAUUCCACAUUGGUCAUUAUGUGUUGAUAGACAUUCUGCAUUUUAUUUUGAUCCUAUGAUAACUUAUGACAACAUAUUCAGCUGAGGGCAAGGUCUUGGGGUUCAAACCCUGGCUAUACUACCAAACACAGGGUCAUGCAAGUUCUUGUGUCAGUUCAGAGAUCCAGUGAUUUUGUUUGCUCUGUGUCCUGUAUCCUUGACACAAAAAUAUCUCCAAAGAUUCAAAAUGAUUAAUGGCAUGCGUCCUGUAGGACACAAAGAUCAGUUUGAUGGACCUUGUCAAUACCUCCAGUCCUUCAGAUAUGGCUGUUAAUAAUGUCUUACAGUAAUAAUAACAAUUUAUUAUUAUUUUUCAUUGUUACUGAAUGAAAAAUAUAUUUGCCUUUUUCUGUCACCAGAGCUGCGCUCAGAAAAUAUUUGCUGGAGAAGUCUAGAAUUGUCUCACAAGCACCAGCAGAGAGGUAAGACGGGAUGUAACUGUGCAGUGAUUGACCCAUUGCUGUAGGGCCUCCCCACAUUUUCAGCUUAAGUAACCACAACAACGACGAUUUGAUUGAGAAUGUUCCUUAGAGAGGAUUAUUUACUUGAUUUCAAAUUUAUCAUGUUUGUAAAAGGUUUUCACCCAGGAGUUAUUUCAUUGGUAUAUAACGUACAUGUAUAGUUGUGCAGCUGAGUGUAUUCCUUAAUAGGAUGGUUGUUGAUAGUGACUGAUGUGGAUCACUUUAGGUGACUGGGAAACUGCCCACCUACCCCUCCCCUAAGCUAACAUUAACACUUACUUCUCACUUGGGGCAAAAUGAUAGCUUAGGGGAGGGGUAGGUGGGCAGUUUCCCAGAAACCUAAAUUAAUCCACUAAUGUUUCAACAACCUGUGCGGUGAUACAACUAACAUUGACUCACUUUCAACCUGAUGUCAUGUGAUACAACUUACUUUCACUCUGGAGAUGACUUCUGCACAGCUUGUUGAAACAUCACUCACUGUUAGCAACAGUCCCAGAGUGUAUUCAGGACUACGUCGAUCCAGUACAAUCGUGGGCUAGCUAUUCAUCAUAUUUACUUAGCCUCACUCAUUUUGUCCUAAGAUGUUGGAAAACUUUUCUGGAGUUGAAUUAAUGUAGACUGGAUCCAAGUACAAAAAACAGCAAGAAAAAAAUUAGGGGCAAGUUUUUGAAAAGGUUUUCUUAGUUUACCAGCGUGCAUAGAAAGUCGUGUCCGAUAGCCCGGGGCUAGUGAUUUUUGUUCUUAACUUGCCCAAUGGGCAAGUGCUGUUUUGGGGGGAAAUUCAAAUUAAAGAAGGAUCAUAAUCAAUCCUGCUAAUCAAAGAGGGUUUUGGGGCUAGUUGAAGUGACUUGUGGGCUAGUACAUGCUAGGUAGAGGUUACCCAAAUGACAGGCUGUAAAACUGACUUUCUUUACACCCUGGUUUACUCAUAAAACUUAUUAGUAAUUAUUAGUCUGGCCAGGAGAUAUUUACCACUAGCAUAAAUGAUUAUACUUGUUGCAGAAAUUAUCAUGUGUUUUACUAUCUGCUUGCUGGAGCGAGUCCUGAAGACAGAGAGGAACUUCAUCUCACAAAUCCAGACGAAUACUGCUAUCUAAACCAGGUAAACUUGUGAAUAAUAUUAUUAUUUUACCAGUGGCAUUGUUUUCUUUGGUGAAAUCAAGUAUUUAUUUGCCAGAAGCCUCUUAGUUUAUGUGCUGGAAAGAUGAUUACAAGUUCUGAUUUGGUAUGAUUUUAAUAUUAUUGUGCAUAGAUUUUUUUAUUGUUUUUGUUUCUUAGAAUCUUAUUAUUUUGUUUUGCAGAAUGAAUGUUAUACUCCAGAGGGAAGUAACAUUGAUGAAGCAUAUGAAUUUCUAAGGCUUCAAAAGUCUAUGGAAAUGGUGGGAUUCACUGCAGAUGUACAAAAGAGGUUUGUAGUGCACAGUACCUCUGUUAAAAGCUAAAAUUGGUAAAGUUGGUCAUUCUAGAAAAAAUACAGCCUUCUUGAGAAAGAUGUACCGGUAGGUGUAAUACCCAUCAUGGCGUGAGUGUGGGGUAAAGAGAAAAAUCUAGGGUGCAUUCCUUUGGGAUGAUCCGGAUCAGGAUUAGUGAUCUGAGAUCAUUUGGAUCAUGGUAGAUCAAAUGAAGCGAUGAAUUCUUGUCCAGAGUGGAUUCAUCGCUUCAUUUGAUCUACUAUGAUUCAAGUGAUCUAGGAUCACUGAUCCUGAUCCGGAUCAUCCCAAAGGAAUGCACCCUUAAACUCUUCAACAGGAUUCAAACCUUAAAGAGCACUAUAUGACCUCUCACACACUGGACAGACGCUCUCUUCGUUGAGCCAUGUGGGAGAUGUGUAGAUAGCAAGGCAGAUAAAUGCAUUCAAUACGCAAUAGGCAUCCCUUGUAAACAUGUAUGUUAGAGUCAGCAAUGUCAAGCAUAUACAUGUACUACAGUGUUUUAAAAUUUGCAUAAGAGACCUUUAGGUUCGAGGACGAGAUUUAAUUUGAAGUUUUUUUGUGUAUUCUCAAAAAAUAUACAGCCCCAAGAAAUCUUCAUUUCACUUUUUUUAACCUGAAAAGUUAGCCCGGUUAUUUUGAUUGAAGGAAGUUUAGCCCUCUUCUUCUCGCAAAACUUCUAAUGUUUUUAAUAACUUGUUUCAAUCGUGACUACAAUUUUGCUAAAAUAGCUGGCAAAUUGAUUUCGGCAAUUGUGUUUUCGAGCCAAAAUGAUGCUGGUUAAUGCAUGCACACUACUUACUAUUAGAAAAGUGCGUCCCUGGUAGUAAGGCUUGGUAGGGAUUGAGAAAGAUGUACAUAUGCAAUAAUCAUCAUGUAACAUGUGUGGGAGAAAGAAAAACAUCUCAAGGCCGUUACAGGAUUUGAACCAGACUAACCUCCUAAACACUAUGCCUCUAUCUGUGUCCCUAGUACUUGUGACUUGAAGAUCAUCAUAUCUUUCUCAUUCACAACCAAGCUUAAACUUUGACUUCUUUCUUAAAUUACCACCUUUCAGUUUGAUUUGCCUCUCACUGUUCAGAUCUUCCAAACUUUUAGACUGACCUUUAUUCCAGCCUUGACAUCUGUUCCCUGUUCAUUCAAUUUCCCUCUUUUUUGUCCACAGAAUUUUUUGCAUUUUAUCUGCUGUUCUUCGGAUUGGAAACUUGAAGCUUGCGCGGGUACGGCUUUGUAAAUUUUUUUUUCGGUCUUGAUUGGUUUAUAGUUUCUUGCACCCAUAGUUUACAAAAUGUAUUAAUAUUAAUUUAUCUUCAGAGACCAGGUCAUGAGGAAGCCAUUCUUAAAGAAAGUGAUGACUUGACUUUUGUCUCGGAUCUUCUGAUGGUAAGUUUUUGUUUUCUCUAUUACAGUCUAACCUCAUUGUGUGACAUCCUCUCAUAAGCAACCACUUACAUCCAAUGCACCCAAUUUUUUCCAGUCAAAGCCCUUAGUAGAUGGAACCACUCAUAAACACCCACGUCGCAUAAGAGACUGCAACCACUUUUUUGGGGGUGAUGGUUUAUUAUAUUGGUUGAUGGGUUAUAUAUUUUCAUCAUCUUUGACCUCUUAUAAGCAAUGUCUCAACUCAUGACCUGUCUGGCCACAGUUGUUCAAAAGGUGAAUAGCACUAUCCACCGGAUAAAUCUCUCUCCACUGGAUAGCGCAAUUGGUUUCCCUAAUACUUAUUCACUAGAUAGUGAUUUAUCCGAUGGAUAGCGCUGUCUGACAUUUGAACAACCCGGCCCUGAUCUCUAUAUUCACUGUACUCACUUUGUUACUCAUGCCAUAUGAAGAACCUCUAGUGACAACAUGGAAAUACACAUAUUGUGACUUAGAAAUAGCAUGCAAUUAAGACAGAAUCCACCAGCUAGGAAAUUGAGUAAUUUUAAUUUUCAGUGGACAAAAACCUUGUACCAGAAUAAUUUAAAGAUUUUUCAUUCUUUUUUACAUUUUUCAAGGGCUAAAGAUAAUAAUAAUUCAUCUGUAGUAACACUAGUCAUCUUAAUAAUUCAUCUGUAGUAACACCAAAGAAAAUUUCUUAUGGGAGCCAGAGAAAGUGAAUGUCAAAUUUCACAAAAGGACAUCUUACACGUUAAAUAUUCAGAAUUUUACCUAUGUUUUCACAAUAAAUUAAUUCUUCUGAAAUUUGACAUUCGUUUUCUCGGACUCCUAUGAAUGAAGCCUGGGCUCCCCAGUCUCAAAGAAAUAAGCAAAAUAAAAUGAAAUUCGCGGAGUGAUAAUGUUAAAAAUAGGAACUAAACAGAGACUGAGUCAAGUUAUGAAUUCAGUAACAAGAUAGAAAAAAAAACUCUGGAUUGGAACAGAAUACUUUCUUUUGUUAGUACAGCAGAAGGGAAUAUAAAAUCGAUUUGAACUAUGCGUUCAUUGUUUAGGGCUGCCAUGUUGUUUUCGUCAAGUCGAAGUGCAUCACUUUAAUCGCCCAAAAAUCAGCAAUAAUUCAUUGAUUCGGGGUCGACAAUCCAACAAACACAUUGCAAACGGAUAUAAAAAGCUAGUUCAUACCAUUGAACGCGAGGCUGUGCAAUUUUUUGUGGCAAAAAACCUUCCUGCGGUUCAAACGUGAACUGCAAACUGCAAACGUGACCGCAAGGGAGUGGUCAUGUGACAUUUUGUGGUUUGCGGUUUGCAGUUUCAAAUGAAAAACCUGAUGCUAAAGGUCUCUAAUGUUUUGAACAGGUUAACCGGCGCAGUGUCAUAGAAGUUCUCACAACCAAAAAAACCAAAACAAGAAAUGAACAAUUUAUUGUUCCUUACAAGUAUGAAGAGGUGAGUUGUAGAAUUUUUGAUGAAUGUCAUCCAUUGGCAUUGUACAUGUAUGUAUCCCUGAACUGUAUGAUCUGUGAAAGUUUUAACUUUGUGUGUGGCCAAUGAACUAACCUUACCUGUUACAAAGCACUUAUAGCAUGUAACGAACAGUGGCAAAAAGUGCACGUGUCAAUUAGAAGUCGCUACACAACGUGACUGCCUUGAAGAACAAUUUUGUUUGGCAAGCACGUGAUUUUUGUACAGACCAUUCAUUGCAACUAAGCUCAUGUCCUCUCAGAGGACUAUUUUUUUUUGCUUGGCCACCAUUAGGUGGUUAAAGGUUAAAGGUUAAAGAUUAAAGGUCUGUUUAAAGUGGAAAGCUCACUUAGCUUAUCCAGGUAGUGUUUUGCAUUUCUCUCAACUCCCUUUCCCUUCCCUUUCAAAUGCCUGCCAUGCAGGUUAGGUACUGGUAGUUUACUGGUACUCCACUCAAAUAUUUAGGAACAAAUAAUCCAAAUACAGUCGACUCUCUCGUAACGGACACCUCUAUAAGAUGGACACCUCUGUAAAAUGGACACCUAGAGUUGGUCCCUGCCUUUGUUUAUUCCCUUUAUUUGACUCUUUAUAAGAUGGACAUCUCUCUAAGACGGACACUUAGUGCUGGUCCCAAAGGUGUCCGUCUUGGAGAGAGUUGACUGUACAACAGUUGGGAAUGACUGACAACAAAUUCAUAUGUGGUCAGAUUGGGGCUCAAACCUUUUUAAGUCUAAUGCUCAGGCCACUUGGCCCUGCUGCUUCCCAUGUGGAGGGGAGAAGGGUUCAUAAGAGGUUGAUUCUGUUGUUUAAAUUCUAUUUGAUAGGCAUUAGCCACAAGAGAUGCUAUGGCCAAAGCAUUAUAUGGGACCCUGUUUGACUGGAUUGUAUUACAAGUCAACCAUGCACUGGCUAUCAAACAAUCUAAUGUAAAGGAGGUAAUAAAACAUUGUACUAUUUAUAACAUACACUGUUGCAUCUUUUACUUUGGCCCACAUUCAGGGCUGUCACUGAGGUCUAGGGGCCAAGAAUUUCCGGAGCAACUUAGGUUUCUGGGAAACUGCCCACUUACCCCUCCCCUAAGCUAACAUUAACUCUUACUUCUCACUUAGGGCGAAAUGUUGGCUUAGGGGAGGGGUAGGUGGUCAGUCUCCCAAAAACCUAAAUUGAUCCGAAUUUCCCCUGGCUAGUACUAUGAGUGAUCCUGCCCACUGUACUUUCAUAGGAAACAAAAGAAAAAUGGAACCAAAAGAACUUUCUAUAGCAGUUCAAUUCCCUGCCUACUUGUUGCAUACACCCGAUAACUUGAAAUCUUAGUGACUGCCCUGCUUCUUAGGGACAUUGUUAAGAAGCCCCUGUAAAUAAGUGGCUGCAGUUAUAGGAAGCUUUGGGUGUAAUGCAACACCAUUCUUUGGUGGAAUGUUUUUACUUUUUCAAAAUGGUUAGGUCAUAACUUAUUAAUAAGUAGAGUCCAAAAUGUCGUUGAAACAGAACCCAAAAGUUGAGAACCACAGUGUUAACAAAAUAGUGAAAAAGGUCCAGGGAUUGCUUCGGUUUUCAUGUCAUUGUUCACUUUUAAAUGGCCAAUAUGAGGUUUAUUUGUGUAAAUUGCAUAGUUUAAACCAUUUUAGUCCCAAGAGUGACCGACAUGAACUUUCUCCUUACAACACCAAUACUCAGUGAAUAGAGAAGACAAUGAGAGUUGAUAAAUGAUGGCAUUGCUUUGAUCUUAAAGCAAAUUCUCUCAACUGGUUCUUAAAGGAAAUGUAUGGAGAUCAGUCUGAAGAAUUUGUAUUUGGAUAGUGGGGUUUAAAGGGUUAAGAUGCAAUGGAGUGGCUGUUGUCAGUGUGCAAAGAUGACAGUUUUAAGAAUGAUAAAACAAAAGUGAAAGAAUGAACUGUCUGUCGGUAAGAUAAACCAUGGCCAUUUGGUCAUGUAGCCAUUCAAGGGAGCUGGCUGUUAGUUGAGAUCCAACCUUUGUGGUUAUCUCUGAACCAGCAUGUGAAACCUUGUUAAAAUACUCGCUAGAGAUAAAUUGUCAUCUCAGACGAGUAAUCCGUUUAUAAAAGAGAGGGAUAAAUAGACAGAUAAAAUCUGAUGGUUUAUUCGUCCAAGGUGAAAACCCUCAUAUAAUCUUUCUGACAUGCAUUAUCCAACAGAAAGCUUGACUUAGAAGAUGGACAAUCCAUCUCUAGUUUUGAAAUGGUCAUUCCUGGAAACCAUCAGCUUUGUGUCAGUUGUAAAGCUCAAUAAUAAAUAGACAUUUUAGGGUAAAUGGAAUAAUAAUGGACUCUUUUUGUUAUUUCCAGGGAUGCUCUAUAGGAGUUCUGGACAUUUUUGGAUUUGAGGAUUACCAACACAACAGUUUUGAACAAUUUUGUAUCAACUUUGCAAAUGAAAAAUUGCAGUUUUACUUCAACAAGCAUGUCUUCAAGCUUGAACAGGUGAGUUUGUUGGGAAAUGAUUUGACACAUUCACAAGACUGUGUUUUAAUGGUGAAAUGCCCCACCAAUACUUUCGACGUCAAACAAGUGGAACAAUACGUUUUACAACAGUCUAGCUCGAAGAGUGGACUCGACAUGUCGACUUGACAGAUGGAGUUGUCAAGUGGAAAAUGCAUUUCAGUUCACUCAAGGGUCUGCUUCGCAAAGUUUUCCGUCGAGCGAAUCUUACGAUGGACAAAAUUAUUGUUUUACUGUACCCGGCAAAAUAAUGUUAUUUAAAGUGAAUUUGACUUCUUUGUAUCUUUUUUUUCUCGAGUAGAUACAACUUGUCCAUUCUUAAAGGGAACCUCCACUCUUACUACAGAAUAAGUUUAAAUCGAAUAAAAUUAUGUUGAUAAACAAAUUUGUUCGAAAUUUGUCUUUAAAAAAGUGUUUAUAUCAGGAAAAGUGAAUUUUAAAAUCGCUUAUUUUUUUAAGACGGUUGCUCUAUUGUUCUGACACAAAGAGCUUUUUGUUUAAUAACAAUAGGGCAACCAUUACACGUCACAAUUAUUCAAGAUGGCGACGCCCGCAAAAUUUGAAAACAAAAAUAGGCGAAUCUAAAAGUUAUUUCUUUCGGAUACAAACGCUUUCUUUAAAAAUAUUUUAGACUGACUUGACUGUAACAGUUAUUUCCUGUGAUUUAAAGUUAUCUUUUUGUUGAAGUGGAGGUUCCCUUUAAGGAUUGUAAAACAUAUUUUAAGAGUCGUAUCUUGUUGACAGUUUGGAAGAAUCCUAGCACACACCAACCCCCAUAAUCCCUGGGAGAGCUUGCUUGCAGGCUAUCCCACUGGCACUUCUUAUUAACCACUCAUACAAACAACAAAAAGUAUUGGUGAUUCCAACAUAAUUUAAAUAACCGCUAAUUGGAAUUUCCAUGCUAUCUUAAUAUGUGAACACGGAAACAGAUGUUUCAUAUGUUCAAUAGGUUGAUUGUACUAUCCACUAGAUAAAUCUCUAUCUAGUAUAUCUAUUUUUUUCAACUGCUGAGCUGCGUCUUUGCUCUUUUCUGGCAUAUCACACCCAAGCUUCAUAGGUUACUAACUUGAACCCUUAUGAAGUUAUGAAUAUAUGAAAAUGAUAUAUGUGAACUGCAGAGUGAAGAAUUAAAUGAAGGAUGAUCAUCGCACUUAUAUACUUUGCCUUUGCAAUUGUGAAAAGGCUUUUUUUUUGACAACCGCAAAAGUUGCUUAUGUAACUGCAAUGAUCAUUCUUCACUUAUUUUUUAACCCUUUUUAAGUCCCAAGAGCAACUAAAGUCAAUUUUAUCUUAAUAUCAAUACAUAAUGUAGAGAAAAUGUUGUGAGAAUUAACGAAAUGAUCAUUUGAUUUGAAGGGCUUUGAUAUGCAAACAAAUUCUGUCAACCAAUUCCUAAAGGAAAUGUAUUGAGAUUAGUCUGGAGAAUUUGUAUUUGUAUAUUGGGGCUUAAAGGGUUAAGGGACUCCUUCCAGCAGUGUCAAUGGAUUUUUGCUCACUGGCUCUCGUCAAAAGUUAAAAUUAAAUUGUGGAAGGGCUUAUCGUUUCUGAUUUUAAAUUUCGUUUUGUGUUAUAUAAUUCAUCCUAUAGUACUCAUAAUUUUGUAACUUUCAGGAUGAAUAUGUUUCUGAAGGAAUUGAUUGGAGAAAUGUUGAAUUUGUUGACAAUUCUGCUUGUUUGGAUUUGAUUUGUGGCCGGCCAACAGGACUUUUAAACUUGAUUGAUGAGGAGAGCAGGUUAGUGUACAGGCACACCAACCCGAGCACAGUAAUCCCAUACCCUACCAUCCCUGGCCCAAAUAGUCGAAUUCAUCGUAAUGGAGAUAAAAAGUCAGUAUGGCAACCAUCUCCCUCUUUGCUGUGCAUUAGUAUCUUCCCUUUUUGUGCAGGUAGUUUAUUCAGACAUUGAUUUAUGCCGUGGGUUGUAAUACAGUCAUACCUGUAUUAAGCGGACCUCGAAACUGUAUGUCGCGGUCACCUUUUUUCUACUUUCCAGUGAGUUGUUUUUUUUUUGUUAUGAUGUUCACUGUACCCUACAUGUAGUUUUAUUGCAGCAGACACGCUGUAUAUGUUGUUAAGUUGUCUUUAACUUGCUUUCUUUUGGCACAAGAUGAGGUAGAAACAGUUUGAGGUCAAUUUAUCGUGGAAUACUAGUGACAGAUACUUCGCCUUUUCACCAGCUUCAUUUUCUUGAAUAAUUCUUAUGUUUGUCAGAUCUGUAUUAAACGGUCAGAAAGACAUUCCCCACCAGUGACCGCCUAGUACUGGCUAGACUGUAUAAAGAAUUGUUUUCUCUUCUUUUGCUAGUUUUCCUGGUGCCUCGGAAACAUCAUUGUUGGACAAAUUGAACAAGAAUCAAUCAGGCCAUGUGCAUUAUGAGCAUUCUCUUAUUCAGGAAGCUUUUGUCAUCAAGCAUUAUGCUGGCAGUGUCAAGUACAAUAUUCAGGUUAGCAAACUGUUAGGCUAUUAUUUGUUCCUUUAAUUAUUUUUCCAACCUCGCCGUCACAAAUGUCCUGUUUGAAGUUAAACAGUCUGAUGAAUUAACGUUUUAAUUGUAACGACGUGUAUUGUUUGCUUGCAGGGAUUUUUGGAUAAAAACAGGGAUCUCAUGAGACCGGACAUUUUAAGUGUUUUAAAGAACAGCGAUUCACGAUUUGUCAGAGACUUGCUUGGUAGGUUCUUAGGGCCUGUUUACACUGCGGCGGGGGACCCCAGAUAGGUGAGGUAACAUGUGGCGGGUCACCCCACCUAUCAUGUAAACGUGAUCAAAUUAUGGAUAGGCGGGUUACCCUGUUAUCUCACCUACCUUGGGUCCCCCACUUCCGUGUAAACAGGCCACUGACUGGCAUUUGCUAAGACAGUAGGGACCUUUCUGCAUCAGGUGUUUCUUGGAAACCCGCAAACUCGGCAUAGUGCAGUUUGCAGUUACGCGUUUGCAGUUGAAAGUUGUCAGGAUUUCAAAUUUUAGCAGGACGUUAUUUGUUUCGUGCUGUCACGUUGUUUUUCGUGUCAUGAAGUCGAAAUACUUCACUUAAACCGGCUCAUAAACAUGAAGAAUGCUUUGAUUCGUAGUCAAAUAUCUAAAUAGCACUUCGAAGGCAGGUACAGGAAACUAAGUUUUGCCUUUAAACGUGAGGCUGUACAAUGUUUUAUUGCAAAAACCCUUGCCGUAAACCACUUUUCUUGCCGUUCAAAACGUGUUUUGAUCAACACUGCUAAAGCUUAUAUCAAAGCGCUUUUUCCGGUUCUUAGCCCCUCUGUUUAUAACCCUCCUAAAACUCCCGACGAAGGCCCAGGACUUGUAAGCGGCAGUUUACGGUAUAUUUUCAGGAUUAAAACUCAUCUCACAUUUUUAUCAUUAAGAUCAGGAAAUUUCCUUUUGUUUUUCUGAUAACACUGACUGUUUUUUAGGUGCUGAUCCAUUGGCCAUGUACAGGUGGUCAAUUCUCAGGUCUUUCUUCAGUGCUGUUCAUGCUUUUAAGAUGGCUGGCAGACACCAUCGUGCAAGUAAGAGACAACGAGUAGUUACAAUUCAAACCAGUCUUUGUUUGGGUUCUCACGCGCGACGUCAUCAGUGGCCGUUACAAAUAAUAAAUUGAAAUCUUAAACCGAAAGAUAUAAUAAAUAUCUCAUGAACUUCUUUUUCUCAGUCUGUCCCGUAAGUUACGGACUUCGAAGUCGGUCAGUAAGAGGUAGUUACAAACCCGGUUUUAGAAGCCCGAACUUAUGGACUUGUCAAACAUCUCUGUACCAAGCACACGGCUAUUAGUCCUGAGUUCGAGACAAGCGGCACGAUCAUAAGCUAGACAGGUAAUUUGAUUGGUGGGUAGUAAAACGCGCAUCAUCGUUUUUUAACCCUUUUACUGGCAGAGUGCUUGCGUGAUGGAUUUUUUGUAAGGUGACUCUAACUUUUGCGUCUGUGGACAAAAUCCUAUGGUGUGACAAUUCAAAUGAAAGCUCUCCGCCUGUACUUACACAUGGUGCUAUUUCACAAAAUGAAAUUUCGACCUUUAGUCGAAAUUUGCUUUUGGCUAAAUUUGGCAGUGAGAGGGUUAAGGGGGCUAUACCACGCUACUUGCUAUCUUUUUAAAAAACUUGAACGUUUGUCGCGUCAAUUGAAUUUCAAAAAUAAUGGUCUAGUUUUGUUAUUUAAGACUAUAUUUAGGCAUUGAAACUGUUUCCAGUCAUCUGUGGCUACGGAUGGCAAGGAUGGAAAUGGAUUGAAACUUGAAACGUUGGGGUAACCUUUUCAAGUUUUGAUGCAAUGCCUGCGAAAUCCCCCCCCUGCAAAUUACUAUGUUUAGUGCUCCCCCUAGCAAUGUCUUGGUGUCAUCAGUAGCCUCUUUAGCUCGUUUUGCAGCAAUGUUGCAAAACAGGUUGCGCGUUCUUGUUGUCCCUUUUACCGUAGAUUCAUACGUGUCCCGCCAAAGUCGAGCAAAUGAUAAAAAGGCUGCUUGCUGGGUGUUUGCAGCGUUUCUUUAAACCUUUUUGUUUAUUUCCCAGAUGGGAAGGCGGAGGAGCGUCUCAGUACGAUAGCCCGGAAAAGGAAGAGUGUAAGUGGUAUUCAUUUCUGUCCUUUUCUCGUGGCUUACACGCACGAGUCUGUUAGCCUGUUCCAUGCGUUCAGAUGGUGGGGAGCGAGUUUUAAAAUUGUCCGUGGGGAAAACGAGGGGAAAAAGUCUCCCCUCGUUUUUUUUUCCUCGUCUAUUUUUCGCCCACGCAGGAACAAGCUACGAGUCCGUUAACAAACCAUUUAAAGUACAUAUUGUGGUUCAAUGUUAUUUCUUGUUUCGGGAUAUAGUAUUUUGUGAUUAUGAGAUUCGUGGAAGUUCUCGCGUAUCCCGGCCGCGUAGUUCUACAUAUGAAGUACAACCAAAAAAACUAACACAUUACAUUGUAUCUCUCGCUGAAUCUGUCUUAAAACUGGUGAAUGCUUACACCGCAAAGUGUCCUGUGGUUAAUCCAAAAUGACUUCAUAUCCUUUUGGUGAAUAUCAAUCCAUCGUGUUCUUUGGGCGUCACAUGAAUUCCCUUCUUACUUUAGGAAACUCUCAGGAUUGGAAAAUCGGCAUGGAAUUUCUAGUGGGUUAAUAUUUGGUCCAGGGAUUUCUUCACUUCAUUGGCUUAUCCCCGUCACUUGGAAUCCGAAGUACCCUCACUGGGAUAACGCUAUUCGCUGGAUAAAUCUCUAUCCACUUGAUAACGCGAUGGGCUUCCCUAACUGGGGCCAGAUUUCUGGAUUUUACUACGCAGUGAAAGUUAACAAGUGAUUUUAAAGUUUAUUACAUACAUUUUUACUCCGGAAUACGGUUAAUCAGACCCGCCCUAAUAGCUAAUUUGAUCUACAAAUGCAGCUCUACUUCUCUCUAUAUUUCUCGGGAUAGGAGUCUCCUAACACUCAACAUGGAAUGGAAAAUAUUUGACCAUUGCAUCCCAAUACACGGCUGUUGAAGGCGUCUUGUUUUUGAUCAUGCCGUUUAAAUUCUUUUUUUUUUGCAGCUCACGGUCCCUAAGUCUGCAAGGUAAGGCUUAUACUGUCGUAUGAGAAUUUUGUGUUUUGGAUUUGGUUGUCUUGAUUUGUGUUACAAUCAAAACUGUACUACACUUUAGGGGUUGCGAUUGUGUACGCGGUUAUGUAAUGAUGUGAAUUUCUCAAAGUCAGCAAAACCGAAUUUGUCAGAUUUGAAGGUUUUUACAAAAUAUAUCGCGGAAAGCGCAGGCUCCCAUACCGAAAGGAAAGAAGUCGAUACUUAAAAAGCAAGGAUUCAAGGUCACACCUGGGAAUCGCGGAACUCGCCGGCAACCUCCCCUACAGAAGGCCGCAUGACAACCGACUGUGCUGAUCCUAGUCAUGUCUAAGUUCUAGACGGAAUUCGAUUCUUUGACAUCCUUGAAACCUUCCAUAACAUGUUUUAAGCUCUCAAAACGAGAUGUUACUGUAACGGGUAACGAGUAACGAGCACGGAGAACGGGAAAAGACAAAAAUGAAAAAUGGGAACAAAACCUACCUUAGACCCUAUCCCAUCAUGCAGUAACUUCAUUUCCAAUUCUCCGUUUUGUUCCCAUUUUUCAUUUCCUGUUUGCCGUGCUCGUUGCCAAUUCCCAUUAUUAGUAACAUCCAUCGUCACGUGAUGAUUAAGACAUGCCUGACAUUUCAUCACUGACAUAUUCCAUGCUGUGUUUCCUGAUGAUUUACACUCAUCCCUUUUGUUAUUUUCUCCGCUAGUUGUAGAAGUUUUAAAAAACUUUGUUUCCAAUUAGGUCGAGUGCUUCAUUUGACCGGGAAGAAGGCCCCGUUAGUCCUACCCUUGAAGCAGCCUCAAUAUUCAGAAAAGCUUCUAAAGCUAUCAGGUAUGUUUUGGCUGUAGCUCAUACCGUAAUCUCAAGUGGAACUAUAUUUGGUGUGUGGCGCACCUUAAUCACGUGUUCCUAUGUUCAUAAUGUGUGGCUGCUAUAUUUGGAAUUACAACCAAAUUAACCCAUGAAGUAGAAGCUUUCGUAAGCGGACACCUUUGGCCACAAAUAUCUUGCCCGCACGAGGGAGGUGUCCUCAGUUUAAAAGGGAAGUCAAAAAGGUUUUUUUUGUGUGUAGUCUGUGUACAGCCACCCCAUCUCCUCUCUCCGAUUUUAUUUUGUCUCGAGGGGGUUGGUGUACGCAGGCUAUUUUGUUUGUCUUCUGGUAGUGACUUAAUUUUCGCUACGGGAAGUGUCCUCCUUAAUUGGAGCGAGGUUUGUCAGCGUUAGGUUGAGGCUUCUUGGAAAUCGGAUGCUAGUAUCCAUAAUAUUUCGUGAAUUUCUGCGGUGACAUUCUUUACUGUUGAUUUUACUAAAGACCGACAGGAGUGUUUGAUUCGUUUCAUUUUUAAUACAAUUACGGCUUUAAAGCAAGUAUGUAUCAAUCUAUUUUCCGAUGAUUAAUUAUUAAUUUUCUUAGCUAUUUUGUUUUUUGCUGCACGAUUACGUUUUUCGUUACCCGUCCUUAUGACUUAUGUUUUCGGUGAAGAUUGUUUUCGACUAACUGUUUUUCGAGUAACACUCUCAAGUUUCUUUUGUUCGCAGGAGAAUGCAGAGCAAUAAACAAACAACCAAGGUAGGCAGUAACUCGUGUAUUUUACUGGUUCUGUUUUCGUGAAUGAAAUCCUUUACUUUGACCAUUCAAAGUAAAUCUCUCCAAAUAGUACCAUUCACACGGUACUAUUUAUUUAGUAUGUAGUUCUAACUUUUGAGUCUGUGGAUGAAAUCCUAUGGUGUUACCAUUCAAAUGAAACCUCUUCAGCAGUACUGUUCCAUGGUACUAUUUACUUAGUAUGUAGUUCUAACUUUUGAGUCUGUGGAUGAAAUCCUAUGGUGCUACACUUUCACAUGGUACUAUUUAAUUAGUACCGUAUGUUGUUUUAACUUUUGAGUCUGUGGAUGAAAUCCCAAAGGGUGAGCAAAAUAAACCUCUCCAGGGGUACUUUUUAUCCUGUAAUGGUUGUGUCAAUCUUUAUUACAAGAACAAAGAGGGAUAAAAAAGAUCUGUCCAGAGUGUUUGGAUGAAGCAUACUUACCCUUCUGCGGCAGACGUUUAUCAGAAGCUCAUAAGGUUCAUGCUGAUCACAUAUCUUUCACUUUAUUACAGCCGCUGUCCAAAAUCCGCCAAGGCCUGGAAACUAAGCGUGAUAUGACGGUGCGAACGUUUGAUUAUCUGUACAGGAAUCAGCAUCGAGGGAAGGGUAACCCUAAGAACCCGCCCACAGUCAGUGCACAGUUUCAGGUUUGUCCCUUAUUACGCGCCUUUUUCGUUUGAUGUUGAUGACGAUGUUAAUCGCGGCAUGUUAAGCUUAGUGGUUAGAACGCUGGCCUGCUGAGCGGGAUGUCGGGUGUUCGAUGCGCAUCGUCAAAGUAAAAAUCUCUAACCUUAAUAAUAGUAAUGAUAAUGAUAAUGAUGAUAAUAAUAAUAAUAAUGAUAAUGACAAUGAUAAUGAUAAUAAUAGUAAUAAUAAUAAUAAUAAUAAUAAUAAUAGAGACCUUUAGCAUCAGGUAAACCGCAAACCGCAAACCGCAGUUACGCGUUUGCAGUUUCGCGUUUCCCGGAUUUCAAACUUUAGCAAGGCGUUCAGUCAGUUCAUUUUUAUGUAGCCAAAAUAUAAUACAAUACAAAGAAUACAUAUAAGAAUUGUAAUGUUGCAAGGGAGCCUAGAGAAAACCAGAAGGCUUUAUGAAGCCCGGGAAAUUCGCGGGGUGAUACGUUAAAAAUAGGAACUAAGGAGAGACUGAGUUAAGUUAUGAAUUCAGUAACAAGACAGAAGAAAUAGUUAACUCUGGAUUGGAACAGAAUACUUUCCUUUGUUAGUGCGGCAGAAAGGAAUAUAAAAUUGAUUUGAACUACGCAUUCAUUGUUUAGGGCCGCCAUGUUGUUUUCAUUAAGUCGAAGUGCAUCCCUUUAAUCGCCCAAAAAUCAGCAAUAUUUCAAUGAUUCGGGAUCAAAACUCCAACAAACACAUCGCAAACGGAUAUAAAAAGCUAGUUCAUACCUUUUAACGCGAGGCUGUACAAUUUUUUGAGGCAAAAAACCUUGCCGUAAAUCACUUACCGCUGGAAGCCUUUCCUGCGGUUCAAACGUGAACUGCAAACUGCAAACGUGACCGCAAGGCCGUGAUCACUUGACAUUUUGCGGUUUGCAGUUUCCCAUGAAAAACGUGAUGCUAAAGGUCUCUAAUAAACCGUUCCCUGCCUAACUUGACGUCCACAAUUCAUCCUAUCCGUUCAACUGUAGCACCCGUAACAUCGACAUGCUGUCAACUGAAGGUUUUUUACCUUCAAAAAUGAAAGGUCUAUUGCUGCACACAGGUGAUAAUGAAGUGUCCUCAUUAGUGGGGCUGACUUUCUAUGCGAAUCUGUUUAUUGGGCAAGAAACAAGUGUCCGUUGUCCGCAUUAACGGGUGUCCGUAUUAAGCAGUUUGAAUUUAAAGAAAAUGUAAGGGCCAGGCACAACGAAAAUUGUCCGUAAUAACGAGGUGUUCGCAUUGAGCGGGUGUCCGUAAAGCGUUGUUCGACUGUGUUACCAUUGUCCUACGCAAACGGUUAGACACCUUCCUACGGCACCGUUUGCAUGUAGAAAUGGCACUCCCUUCUCCAGAAGCAGACGUAAAAACGGUGACCUCAGUGGCAAGAAAUUCGCAGCAGUUAGCUCUCGACCGAGGCAAGGGAACCCACCCAUAGUCAGCGCUUUGUUUCUAGUUUUUUUUCCAGUGUUCUCGCUCUUAUUUAAGUAUCGAAACUGACUGAAUUUGCCUCUUGCGAUCAAGCUCUCUUCUCAAAAGCGCUCGCUUAGUGUAUCAUGGUAGAGUUACUGAUAUAGUGUUAUUGUUUUCUCAGUCUUCUCUCAAUCGUCUCGUGGAAAUCCUGGAGGAGGCACAACCAUUCUUUGUUCGCUGCAUCAGAUCUAACGCCGAAAAGGUAAUUACUUAUAGAAGGGUUCGGGCAUCCGCAACAGCGGCUUUUGGUGAAAACAGCACAAAACAAUAAGUUUGAUCAGCAAAAGCAGUACACGUGCGUCUUACAUUUUGACUUGUCUCUUGUUCAGUGACGUUCAUUUAUUAAAUAUUACAAGUUUGGUGGAGAACUUAAAACAAGACGGUAAUUUCAGCUCUAGCAAAGUUUCAUCCUUGGUGGUGGUGGUGGUGAUGGUAGUGGGGGGGGGGGGGGGGGACGAAACCCUAGGAACGUCUGUGAGGGAGAUAACGAAGAGCGCCCUUACACUAAAUUAAAUCCCGCCCAGUUCCCUAUGCAUUUCUUACUGCAGUAGUAAGGAGCAUAAUAUGUUAGAAAAACAAGGCAUCUUAUCGAUAAUGAUGAUUUCUUUUAUUCUCAUAACCGUAGUACAGUAAACACCCGCUAAUAAGAACUUACUUUUUUGAAGUCUGCCAUAAUAGGUUCUUGUAUUUUGGGGAAUUUAUUGGCAAUUUGGGCUAAGUAGGUUCUUAAUCAGCUUGUUAAUUUUUAUAAAUCAGAUAAAAGAUUGUUGAUGACCAGAAAAAUAGAUAUACUUUUUAUUUAUUCACAAUUGUACUUUUAUAAUCCUAACAAAACUAAUUACCGAAUUUAUAUACAGUUUAGUACGAGAUGUUCUUGUUAAACUCGUAAUUAAACUGUAACCCACAUAUAAGAACCUGCUUAAUUUGCUGGACUAAACAGGUUCUCGAUUUUUGGGUAUAAAGAGGCAAAUUUUUUGCUGGAGGUUCUUAAUCCACAGGUUCUCAUUGGCAGGUGUUUACUGUAUUUGAUUUGCUAGUAACAUUGCAAGGAGAAAUUUGUUGCUGUACCCUACUUUAAUUAUUCUACCUGUUGUGUUCUUUGUAGGCUCCCCUAACAUUUGAUGGUGACUUGGUUGUCCGCCAGUUGAGAUACACAGGAAUGCUGGAGACAAUACGAAUCAGAACAUUGGGCUAUCAGUGGAGAUUUACAUUCGAGGUGAGUUUUGUUUGCGGCUUCUUACUUUUAAGGCAGCGAGCCGUAGAAGGUUCUCAUUCUCAGAGCAUCUAAAACAGGCUAAUGGGGAGGCGGGGGCUUCGGCAAAUAAUUGAUCUCCUCGCCACUGACAAAUCAUGAUAUUUUGCUCUAUCUCGUCCCGUAAUUGUUUUAUCAUUCGGUCACCGAGUUUGUUUUAUAAUUAUUUGCGAAGCGAUGUGCCAUUUUCAUGCGACAGCGAUCGCAACAAGGAGAAAAGCGUGAUUUCAUUUACUCAUGAGCAGAAUAUUAUUUGUAUCCAAACACAAUUGAGCGACAUUGCGAAUGAGUAGACCAUUAUUUUUAGCCAGUUAUUUGCAGGUCACGUGGUGGGUUCUCGGCCAAUGAUAAGGAAGAAAAAUUUGCAUCGAAUGAUAAUAGUAAUAAUUGCUCUUUAUUAAAUUCCAAACAAACAAACAAACAAGCAAACAUUCUCCACAAAACAUCAAUGCAAAGCAGUGUGUAUAGUAGAGCUAUAUAAAUUAACUACUCAUUUCCGGACGGGUGGAGGGAUGGCCUGUAUUCUGCGGAAAUCUAUCGGACAGUAAUGAACCAUCAAUUCAUUAGAGUCAGUAACACUUUUCCACUAUCUGUUAUGAGAAGUUCCCAUUAUUUUUGAAACUAGUGUAACCUCUUCUAGGAAGCAGAAGCGAAACGCACUAUUUUGGGCUUUUACUGUACUGCAAUAGUAUUUUCAGGAUAAUCAACUGAAUUAUGUAAAUGUAAUUUGCGUGGCUAAAAGUUUCCUAUUUUGGGCUUGUUUGUUAAAAUUUCUCAUAGGAGUCGGAGAAAAUGAAUGUCAAAUUUCAUAAGGAUUGUGAAAACACAGGUAAAAUUCUAAGAAUUUCAUGUGUAAGAUGUCAUUUUGUGAAAUUUGACAUUAAUUUAUUUUAUUUUCUCGGGCUCCCAUGAGAAAUUUUCUUUGGUGUUAUUGCAGAUGGCUAAUUACAUUUUUAGCCCUUGAAAAAUGCAAAAAAGGAAUGCAAUAUGCUGUAAAUUAUUCUGGUACAAAGUUUUUGUUCGCUGAAAAUUUAUAUUACUCAUUUUGCUGAUGGAUUCCGUCUUUCCCGAAGGAGCUCUUCAGAGAUAAUAAGGUUAUUAAGUACAAAAGGCAGGAAAUGUGAAAUGACGAAUACUAACUAUUGCAAUAAGAUUACCACGAAAUAUAUAUUAUGAAAGAUGUGGUGAAAGAUAUAUUCAAUGUUCAAAUAAUUAUAUACAAACAGGGGAUUUUGUCCCAUACAGUUCUUGUAAUAACGUAGAUCUUAGCGGCUGUUUUGUCAACAUUCCUGCAAAGUUAAGUGCGGAGUCGAGAGAAGAUCACCUCUCGGAUCGAUGUUCUGCAGCGGUAGAGUCGUUUAAAAUAUUUGCACGUGCUUAAAGAAGUGAAAUACCCUCAAACUUGAGACGUUUAAGUUUCCUUAGAAACAGAUUGUUUCAGAGGUGUUGUUUUGUUUAUCAGCGACAUUGCAACAGUUGGCAACAAAACAAAAAACUUGGUUUAAUUCAAAUAAGAUACAUGUUUUGGAGUUGUCAAGGUAACACAGCAAUAGUUGCCAGGAAACGUAUUUACGUGAGAGUGUUGUCCUAGUAACAGUUUAGACAGCACCGAGUAAGUACUUUAGUACAGUUGGUCGGUCUCCGCUUAGAGAAGAAUUCAGAAACAACUCGCUCAACUUGGAAAGGCAGGUGUUAAAAGUUCCGCAGAGAACUUGAGAUCAUAUUAGCCAUGGGUUGCUCUGCAAGCAGUUCGCUGAGUGUUCCCCGUACAUCUGGCACCGCUCUUUCUAUCGAGGAAUACAAGACAGCGUGCGCUGCCUUAUCGCAAGUGCGAAUUGUGCGUCAGUUACAAAGGAGACGACCUGAGUCAGUUGGAUUACCUGCAGAGGAUGGCGUAUUCUGGGUUUACUGGCGACCGCCUAUAGGGAAGGACAAAAGUCAACGCCUGAAAGCAGCCAAUUCAGGCGCCAGUAUUUUGACAGAGUUAAGAGGGUGGGAGUGAGACGGAGCGCCGAAUAGUUGGUUGCGAGAGUUGGUCGCUGAUGGAGGAUUGAGAAUUCGUUAAGAGAUUUUGCGGUGAACUGACUCAAGCAAUCUUUUAUAGAACUAAUGAGACGAUCUUUUUCAUUGAAUAUAAGAACUUUUUUGCUCGGUGACCUUGUUUGACUAAGACUUCAUUGUAGACGGGUAGUUCAUUAUAACUUUGACAUCCCGGUUUUUUUUCUUAACUAUGACAUAUACGCCUAGUUUCAAAUCCGAAUUUGUGAGCAAAGCUCGUUAUCCCACUGUGUGUAGUGAGGUACAUAUUACUGUUAGGAGUGAUAGCAAAGAUAUCAGAAUUAUAUAACGCACCCAUGGCACAUGGCACAUAGGACAAGUCCUCUUAAAACGCAACUAAACUAGUGAAGAAAAAAAACUUACUUUUUAUUGAUAGAACAGAGGUCGGACGAUAGUUCUUACAUUUCUGAAGUUGUGCGGGCAUAUUAUUGUUCAUCAACAAAAUCACAGGACAAGAGAAAAAUUAAGAGCUGAAAGUUAUCGACGACCCAGCCAUGGUAACUGCUGUCAAUUUUAAAGGUUUGCCGGGAUUUUGUCUCUCCCGUGGCUUUGCUUUGGUCUUUUUCUUUACGGAAAUGUGUCCGAGUUUGAAUUCUUAGCCAGUUUUAGUGUCCAACUUUAAGUGGUUGCUAGAUUCGGCCCUGUAUAAUUUACGAUAAAAUCGCUAAACGCUGCGAAAAUACUUUUUGAUCAUUGAUGAUGCUCUAAUUGACAGAGAGAACACUAAUAAAAGAUGGUAUGUGAUUUGUUUGUCGGAAGGGUGUUUAUAAUUCUCAUCGUUUCUAUUGCUGCUAUAAAAAAUUGUAUCGCGUAGUAUAAUUGUUAAGGCUAGUUUACAAUCGGUCCUUGCCUUUCUGUUUGAAUUUUCCGGAACGCGCUUAAAAUUUCUUCUGUUUGUGGUAGUGAAUACCCUCGGUUUUUAGUAAAAUUUUAAUGGAUGGAUUGUUCCACAGUCGGCAUGGUUUGCGUGAAGACGGUUGCGGUUCGGGUUUUCAAUUAAAUAUAUCAUGUAUCAUGGUGAAUUUUUGAAUACCUAGCUUCCGAAAAUUUGCAGCCAUUUGAUCGGGUAAAGCCGAAAAACGAGGUUUUUUGAGUCCCACAUUCCCGAAAAUCAUACCACAAUCCAGUAGAAAGAAAGGGACUCGACAGGAGAGUAAAAAGUGAAUGAGGUAAAAGCAGAAUUUCGUAGAGGAUGACAUUUUCGUUGAAUAUGAUAACUGAUUUGUUACGAUAGUCGCUUAAACCUUUAAGAUACGAAGAGUGACCAACAUCAAUUUUCUCCCCAAAAUAUACAUACAUAAUCAAGGGAAGAGGUUAUGAGAAGUGGUAAAAUGAUCACCAAAGGUAAAAUGCGUUUGAUCUUUUCAGUUCUUUAAGGAAAUGUAUGGAGAUCAGUUUGCAGAAUUCGUAAGUGGAUAUUGAAACUUAAAGGGUUGACAAAGAAUACUGUUCGCACUGUUUUGACUUAGAUUUCAUUCUAAAUGGGAAGUUACUUGUAAAUUUGACAUGCUGUUUUUCUCUUCUAAUUGUGGUGUUGGUAAAAUUUCAUCGAUUGCAUCUAUAGUCAGCGCGGUUUGCGUAAAAACGGUUGCCAUUCGGAUUUGAAAUAUAUCUGAACAUAGAACUCUGUACUGUAUAUGUUGCACUUAGCGCUGUUUAUUUUAUUGUCAUCAGUGAGCAUAGCGAAUCUCUAGUACAAUAACAAUUUUUGGAUGGAGCUGAGUGUGAUACAAGGAAUUAUGCAAAUAAAGCAGGGUGUUAUGGUCUUUGCGAAUAACACUCUCCAAUAUCUCUUAGGUUUUUUCUCAUCCUUCGACUAGUGUUUCUGUGUAUUCCUGCAAGGCGUUUGACGCAGUUAUUUGGCUGUUUUGUCGUCGCAUAACGGUUGAAACGGUCGGACAAUCUAACGCCGCAGCGCUGUUUUUUUUUCGCUUGAAUCUCUGUUUUUGUUGACUAUUUUGCGAUUCUCGUCAAUGUCGAAAUGAUGCAAAGAAAUUCGAAAUUUGCUCACCGCUAGUCGAGGGUACAGUGUAACUUUGUGUGCGAAAACUCGAAAUGUUACAUUCUCCCCAUGCUCGACCGUCGAAAGCUAUAAUUUAGCAUCAGAAAAAGGAAAUCAUCGAAGUGCUGGAGGUUCAAACAACGGUUUGGAUAGUUUUGGUUCUUUUUGGCCAGAACGUGAAAAGAAAACCAGCUUCAAGCCGUGUUUUUCAAACAGUAGCCGGCUCCUAAAAAGGAUAAUUUAAAAUGCCAAAGAAAGGGCGAGGUUGUUUUUGUCAGGAACAUGGCAACGAUUAGCAUAAAAACAUAACAAAACAGAUCACAUUAAGCUUGGAUUUGUCAUGGUAACACAGGAGAAGUUGCCAGGAAACUUAUUUUUCAGGGUAUGUUGUCCUAGUUACAGUCGACAACAUAUAAACAGGUUAAAAAGAACGGGACUGGUUCGAUCGAUUUAGUACUCAAUUAGGGUUGACCAGUUUUGAUCAAUACAAUUGGAAUUCAGUUUAGUCAUGGGUUGCUCUGCAAGCUGUUCGCUCAGUGUUCCCCGCGCAUCUGGUGCCGCCCUCUCUUUCGAAGAAUACAAGACCGCGUGCGCUGCCUUGUCGCGAGUGCGAGUCGUGCCUCAGCUGCAAAGGAGACGACCUGAGUCAGUUGGAUUACUUGCAGAGGAUGGCGUAUUCUGGGUUUACUGGCGACCACCUGUAGAGAAGGACGAAAGUCAACGACUGAGAGCAGCCAAUUCAUUUGCCAGUCUUUUGACAGAGUUAACAGGAAGUGAGUUGGACAGCGCCGAAUAGUUGACAGCAGAAGGUGGUCGCUUAUGGACAGAAUUUUGUAAAGAUAAUGUCAACAGUCGCUCCUGGCCACAUAAAUGCAGUUUUCAGGAUAAUAUUUUUACUUGGUUUUUCCUUUGAACUGAGCCCUGUUAAAUUUCAGAAUGGUAGUCGCUCACUGAACAUGAUCUGCUUGGGAAGAAAGAUGUGUCGUCUCAAGGAAAACUGAUUCCUAAGGAUAAUCGCUUAAUCGUUAAGAUUUUCCCCGCAACUAAGUAAUAUUUUAGGAAGAUUUUGUUGCAUACGGGGAAUUACCAGUAACUGAGACUGACAUGCCCAUUAUUGCUUAAUUAUGACAUAUAGACGCCUCGUUUGAAAUCGGUAUUUUGUGAGCAUAAUUCUUACGACUGUGUGUCACGAUGUAGAUAUUACUGUAAGAGUUUUGGCAGUAUUACAUGAUUACACAAAUUUCUUUAACAUGAAGACAAUCCCUUGAAAACGGAACUGAACUAGUUAAGAACUGGCAAACAUAUCAUUUCUACAUAAUCCACAUAUUGCUGUGUACUGUGAUAAGACCCCUUGGCCACGCAAGUUGUAAUAUGGUUAUUUAAGGUCUCGUUUUAUGUUUUGUGUUUUUUUUGCUUUAAAUCUCCUUAGGUGUACGUAGUAAAAAAUUGUUGUAAAAUUUGCCUUGUGGAAAGUGUUUCUUCGUUGAAUUAACCUCCACAUACCAAAUGACUCAGUACUCGUGAAGGUUGUCGGCUCGUAAAUUAUUUUCUACUAUUCCUACUUUUACUGCUAGAAAACUGUUAAUCUGACAGUAACUUAAAUAGACGUUCAAUUUGGUUCUUGCCUUUCUUAUUGAUCGCCCGGAACACUUCUAAAAAUUCUUCCUCUUGCGCGAGAAAGCUCGAGGCGCAAUUACUUGCGGUUUUGCUCACAUUUUUAUGAAUUGCAUCCACAGCGCACGGUUUGAGUUAAUGCCGGUUUCGAAAAUUUGUGUAUUGACUUAAUGUGUUCAUUCUACGUAAGAGAUAUAUUCGGUCUAAACAGUGGCUCGUUGUAAUGUCAUUUUCAAAAUGGCAUUUCGCUUUGUUGAUCUUUGCUUUUUGAAAUUUGUGAAAUUUAGUUUAAAUGCCAACUUUCUUAUUUUGUCAGUUAUGAGUGUUUUACUAUCUUGUAGGCUCAAUUACCAGCCGCUGUUCGGGAAAUAAGCCCUAGAGCCGGGGGGGUACUCAACAAAUGUUUAUACGGGGAGGCUCCGUCCCGAGGUCCAACCCCUUACCCUUUUAUGUACCAAAAGGUACCCCUUUCGUAUACCUUCUAUUGCCAAAUGGUACCCCUUUCACAUACCUUGUUUAGAACCUUGCAUCCCUGUUAACUGCUGUAAAAGCGUUGUCUUUUAAAUAGUAAUCAAUCACAAAAAUAUAACGUUUUCUCGACUUUAUGAAGCCAUAAAAUUCAUCUGUUAGCCCUUUUGGGCCCUUUCACAGAUCCAAAUGACAUAUUUCCCUACCCUUUUAUUUACUUCAACAAGUGAAAUCCCUACCCUUUCUUAUACCUGAAGCCUGAAAAAAUACCCCUUUCGGCGGAGUCUCCCCUUAUAGGCCAUCAUAGGGAGUACCCCCCUUCCCGGGCCCUAGGGGCGUACCCGAGGGAGCGGCGGAAAUAAGCCUUACCAUCUUGAAGAAUUGAAUCAUUCUUGUAUCUUUGAAAUCUCCUGCUCAUGUGCUAUGCGUGCCAUUCCACUAACUUUGAAGAAAACUAAGAGAGUACAUACAUGUUCAGGCUAGUUUUAAAUUUGAUGUCCCCAGAUUGCUACUAAUACAAAUUUGCAAUCGUAAUUUUGAUUGAGUUUCUCUGAAAUACAUAAGUAGUAGCGAAACGCCAUCGAUGACCGAAAAUGAUUAGAUUGUAAAGUGAUAACGUUCUCCAAAUGGUUCGUCAUAUUUUAUUAUUAGAGUUUUUGUUUUGGUUUUAGCUUGAAUUCAAUAUCGUUAAGUAUGUUAAGAAGGCCGUCUAUUUAAGAUGUUGUCAUGAAAAACUUAUGAAAUUUUUACCUAGAACGAUGAAACUGCUGCCCUCAUCUCUUAAGACGUUUACGACUGAAACGUUUCUCUUGAGGCAUGAUUGGCAGAUCUAACUUUUCAAUCCUGGACAAAUUCCUAUUGUGUGGCUAUUCACCCGUUAAAUGUAAAAAAAAAAAAGCACUUCAUUUGAGUGUUAAUGUAUUUAGCACGAACGUACUAAUUGGGGACACUAUAUUUUACGUCUCCAACUGGAGACGGGAACGUCAUUUUACGUGGUCAUCCGAGUCACGCGAGGGUCUAGUCUGUUGCAGUACAAAGGAAGUACCUUCAUUUCUCAGUUAUUUUAAGACCCUGAGUAUUGGUCCGGCCCUGGGAAUCGAACCCGCGACCUCCCGUUCUGCAGUCAACACGGUCUACCGACUGAGCUAACACUGCCGCGUUUGUUAUACUUAAGAGUUAACCUGGUAGUUGUAGUUUUAUUUUCAUACGAAUAAAAAUGACUUUUAUUUAGACUUUUUUGGGGGUGUGAAUGGAGUUGAAGUUGUCUUUGACAGUGCGAUGGAGGCAAAGUGUUGUUGACUUGAAAGUGCAGGGAAAAUAUUUUCAAAGCUAAAGUCGCGUUAGUUUUGGUGAUAACUAAUUAAAUGCUUGAAUGAAAAAAAAAAAGGUUGUUGUCUCUUUUAUUUUAAGUUGUUUUAAUUAUCCAGUCGAAAGUGUACAAUAUUCUCUACUCUUGGUGUGGAACGGUUUUAUUAUAUUAUUGCCUUCAGUUAGGACGGAAACUCUUAAGUAUAACAACAUAGAAUAGCAAAAAAGGAUGAAUGUUUCACGGGACUUCCAAACAGUGAUAGUUGGGUUGAAGAAAACUGAGAGGCGAAGACGAUUCCCUUUCUGCGAUUGUUUGGAUAGUACAACCCCAGACCAUGUAUCAGACCGUGCAGUUCUUGAAAGCGGAUAUAAAACAAGCUCUUCUAGUUCUUCUAGUUUACAUCACUAUUUCAAAAACAAAUCAACAACUUAGAUCUUUCGCCAGAUUUGGAUUAACCAAGUUAUGGAAUAGUAUCCCCGCUGAAAUACGCCAGUAUCCAAAAAUGCCUUAGAAAAAAAAUAUGUUCAUGACUAUGUUAUCUCUUUUGCAAACUGACGAAGUUUACUUUGAAGUACCUAUUAUUCUCAAAAAAAUGAAAAAACCUAGUGAAAACUGUAAAAGCCUUUGGUCUUUUUCUCGUUGCCAUAUUUUAUUUUGAUUUAAAUCUAAUUUCUGCUUUCUGCAAGUUCUUUGUAAUUAUUAUUACAUUUUUUUCCCUUUAUCUCUGAGACAUUUAUAUAUUUAUCUAUUUAUUUAUUUAUUUAUUUAUUUAGAUUACCUAUCUAAUUGGCCUCUACCCUCCUAGAUUAACCCUGCUAUUUGCCGGUAGCGAAGUUUGUAAAUUCUCCUCUAAAGUAAUGAAUAAACUUGAAAUAAACUUGACAUAUUUCGCCUAAUUGGAAUUCAGACCAGAUGUAAAAUCUGUAAAAUCCUCGACGCCUACGACCUUCUUCUGUAUGGCCGUGUAGAUGGACACAGGUUUCUCUUCCCACCAUGGUUUAUGUAAUAUAUCAAGCACGCGAAGAAGUGCUCUUUCUGAUAUCCGGCACACAUCGAUAAGUGGGUAAAAAACCCUGGCGCAGCCGAGUUUUUUAAAACACCGUCUUCGAGGUUUCUGGAUAUCAGAUAAAACACUCCAUCCUGUGUUUUAUAUAGCUUCGCUAAUGAUCAACAACUCCUUAGAUAUCCCGAUACCGGCACACAUCGAUAAGUGGGUUAAAACCCGUGGCGCAGCCGAGUUUUUUACAACACCGUCUUCGAGGUUUCUGGAUAUCAGAUAAAACACUCUUUCCUGUGUUGAUAUAGCUUCGCUAAUGAUCAACAACUCCUUAGAUAUCCCGAUACAAAAGUUCGCAUGUUUUCAAUAAAUUACGAUCCAACAUUCAAACUUUCUGCAAGUUACUGUUUCCCUUUGUUUUCUCUUUGCGCAUCAUUGAGUAGUUUAAGAAGGUUUUCGUUCUGGUGAAAUUUCGUGGGAUUCAAUGGCUAUUUAAAGAGGCACUGUCAGUGGAAUUUUUGUCAAAGCUUUGUUAAAAUUAUCAGCGGGUAAUCACUCUUUCCGCAACUCUAAAGGGAUAAUUUUCAAACAAAGCUACGGAAAUAAAGCAAAAAUGUGUUAUUUUUAGCAAUUAACUGAGACACGAUUAAACAGGUUGAAAAAGUUAAGCGUGUUUUUUCGCCUUUGUCCUGUGUAAGACAACCGUAAAUGAUUGCAUUGCAUUUAUAAAGUACGUCUUUACAAAACUGGAACAUGUUUAAAUUGUUACAAAUACAUCAUUGGAUUUGUCUAUCUCUCAUGACAGUGCGUUGAAUAGUUCAAUAUUAUCCAAAGCACUGUCACGGUACAGGGUCCUAAAAUAAGGAAACGUGCUUGCUCAAUUACUUCAAGAAAGCACUUGUGGCGACCCUUGUCGUGGCGCGUGCUUUGAUUUGUAUCUUUCCUUUUGCUUUUUAAUAUGCGGUUUUACUCCAUGACAAUAUCGUUCAAUAUUUGUCAUUCUUUCCGUGCGCGCGUGUUUCUUUUUGCAAAUGUAGAAAUGGUCGUGCAGGCUGUAUAUUGUAACUUUUGUUUGCAGUCAGCAAAUUCAUUUUCCGUGACGCGGUUUUACAUUUCAAUAGUAAAAAUAGAAAGUGUAUCAAUUUGGCCUCUUGUCUUGGUAUUUCAUGGCACUUGGAAAAAGUUAGGAAUCAUUCAGCUGCGUUUCACGUAUUCCACAUUUUUCUGUGCUGAUGACUGCCUAUCAUUCUUUAUGCCAAUAUAAUGCAUGUCCCGCCUGUCUUUAAUUUUUGUCUUGUCUUGUCUUUUUUUUCAGUUUCAUGUCAAGUACAUACUUUAGCAUUCUUUUUUGUUUUUUAAAUAUAACUCACAGGCCCAAGCAAAUUCAGCAUUCCUUGUAAAUAGUUUGCAUUCUUAAGUUUUUGAUAUAAGCACAAACCUUUAAAGUGUAUCAAACGUUUUACCAGAGGAAAGGUGUGUUGCGGAUUUGACAGUUGCGAUCUUUCAAUUAUGAUGAGUACAUGGCCAAUUCAUGUGGAAGUGUGCUUGGUUAAUACCAUCGUAGAUCAGGUUAGUUUAAAGCUUCUAAAAUGAACAUUUAAUGGGGUAGUAUCACGAACAAUUUUAAAGGUUUUUGUCUAAACCAUGGCAUUGAAAUGAAAAACACUCGAUCAUGCACAAAACGGACUUAAAACAAGAAGAGAAAGACACUACUUUAUCCCUCUUGUUGCGGGCAAGUCAUUAUCAAUUGUUUCUGAAUUAGGAGUGAUGUUUCUUAAGUAGCAAAAAACUUCAAAACUUCGGUCCAGUUUUUUCAGCGUACUUCCUUUCUAUCUGUCAAGACCCACCCUUUAAGCGUGGCCAGGUCGCUCUUAAAUUUCCUUGACCGCAAACGCUUCUGUCGGUCUUCCAAGUAAUACUAAUUGUCAUCGAUAAAGCACUUUAAUUGAGAUCGAAUUGAGUCAGGACGAUUGUGAUUCAAGAAAUGGUGCUAUGUAUUAAAUUCUGAUUUUUGAUGCAAAAGAAAACUUUUCUUUUGAUCAACCAAACAACGAAGGGUGAGCGAAGGGUUUCCCGUUUAGUUUCCAAGGAACUUUUUUUGAGUCGUUUGAGGAGUAAUAUACAAAGAUUAGGUUUGAUCACCUGAGUUUACAGGAUAAAUUGGGCACCAUAGCGGUAUUGUGAAGUUGACGUCUGACGAUUCCGGCUGUAAGACCUCUUGAGGCAAUACUUUCAUAAAAUAAUAUUCGUUAUUCAGCAUUUGGGAAAAUGAAAUGUGUUGUCUAUUUUUUACUCUGGCCUCUCCUGGGGGUGUAAGGGUUUAAAGCUUAGCUACAAUGUCUUCGAUUACGUUGGCCUGUAACAGUAGCGUGUAGGUUCGGUAUGUGUCCGCAGUCUAAAUAACAAGACUCUCUGUCUCUCGAAACGGCUGCUUAUCUUAAACAAGAGAUGCAUCUAUUUUUGGGGUGGAAAACAAGGUCUUUCAACGUUUCCAUCUAUUAAUUUGCGGUUGUCAUAUAAUAUAUGCACUAUCUCAAGUGCCUAUUUUUGGCUUUAUGCUCAGCUGUAUUUUAAAAGAAUGAAAAGGUAUUAUUGAAACAUGACUGUAAGAUAAUCGUGCGGCGCAUGUUGCUGUGUAAUGAUUACUAGCAUUUGGUUCCAGUUGAAGUUGGAUCAAAUUGUUUUGUGUUAUGUUUCCUGCAGCCCAAGCGGUUGAAGGCAACAUCCUCUUAAUGAAGCGGGGUAGAUAUAGGGAUGUUUUUUCUUGCAAUUUUUGUGUUAAAAUUUUCUAAGAAAGAAGUGUACCAAGAACCAAGAAUCCGAUUUUUGGAAACAGCAUGAGUUCCCUCUGACUAAGUGACAGUAAUGCCGUUCAAUCAGGUGUUAAGUUAAGGGCGGGAAAAUACUAUUCUGAGUUCACAAUCGCGAGACUUUCAUUGUGUCUUUCCACUUGAUAUACAUAACAUCGAAAUGAUGUACGUAAAGCAUUCGAUAAGGCAUUCGAUCUACAAAGCGUUCGAUAAGCUCUGUCACCGGCAUCUCAUCACAAAGCUUAGGAGAAACGGUAUAUAUGGAAAGAACAUUAAAUGAAUAAGGUCAUUCCCAACUAAUAGGAAGCAACAUUGACAAGCUAAAUGUCUUCAGAGGAUGUAGAAGUGCUCUCUGGCGUGCCGCAGGGCCCAGUUUUGGGCCCGUGCCUGUUACUUCUUUACAUAAAUGACCUUCCUGAAUCACUAUCUUCUAAACUUAGACUAUUUUUUAUGUCACCAUUGCAUAUCUCACCAUAAACUCUGAGCUAGACUCAUACAUUCUUCAAAACGAUCUUGAGAAGCUAGCUGAAUGGGAGCAAAUGUGGAACAUCCGAGUUGCCUCAUUAUCAAAGCGAGGCUUGGUACGCAGUCGAGCCGUGAAAAACAAACAAGGCAACAAACAAACUCUUAGGAAGCCAAUUGACGCUUUACCUGUCCGCGUCUAUCCUUCAAUAAUUCGUUUCCGAGUUGCGUCAUUAUCAAAGCAAGGCUUGGUACGCAGUCGAGCCGUGAAAAACAAACAACAACAAAAAAGGGAAGCAAUUUGAGGUUUUGUUCACUAGUCUCCACAUGAGGUACUUGUACGAGGAAUUAGUUUAAAAUUUUUAAAAAUACAUAUCUUUGGUGAUUAUUUCCGUCGUUCUUGGAAUAAUGUUUCAUUCGACAGUAAUGUGAAAUCAAACGCUGAUCGCUACAAGAGUUUAAAACGUGCACGUGGUUUGGCGAACGGGCAAAUUAUAGGAAUGAAUUACAAGCUCAAAAGUAACGAUAUUCUUCGUCGUGGGCAGUCGCGUUUUUGCAUUGCGGUAGGUCAUAUUAGUUAGAAUUUGACGAUAAAAUAAUCAAAGUCGGCUUAAUGGUUGUAUUGUCUGGUGGGCAAAAGAUAACAUUUAAAGUUUAAGAAAAACGGAUUGUCAAAAUCGCAAAUCACUCCUUGACUUGGGUGUCUUAUUAUCUUGUUAUGGUUUAGCCUUUGUGGGGUGAAACUGCUAUCUCACCAUUUUUUGGUUAAUGGGCUUGGCCUUGCAGUUUCGAACAAUGGAAUACUUUCAAAGUCGUCGAAAUAUUUAUUGUAUUCCAAAAUAACCUGUUACGCCUUUAUAAGAACAAGCUUUGGCUAACUCUUUGGAAAUCUCAAUAUGUAUGAAUGUGUUAUUUUUAAUGAUUGUAGUCAUAUGUUAGCUAUUUAGGUGCGAUUUGGUGUCCAGAUCGUUUCUUGUUUUAAGUUUGGAAUUUGCCCUUCAGUGGUCAUGUAAAAGUGAUAUGUGCAUGGCCCCGUUUUCUUGUUUACGGUUUUACCAUUUCACUUUAACUUCAUGCUGUAUAAGUAAUUAAAGAAAAGAAUGGCAAGGAUGGAAGACACUUACACACAUCACAUUACGUCAGUGUAGUCUGAAAACGUUGUCUUAGAAAAAUGCUAAAAUGAGAAAAGGAAAAUGUCAAGCGGUAAUUAAUUAGGCUUACUUACAAACCACCGAAGGCUGCGUUCAUUUGCGAACGGGCGGGUUUUUUAGGCUUAAAAACAAAUUGCAAGUGCGACGGCUGUACGCGUAUGUUGCAAAUGAAUUCACCCUAUUGUGGUUUACUAGUAAGCCUAAUUAAUUCCCAUUUGCCUUUUAACAUUUUUCAUUUUUCCUUUUUAGGAUUUUUCUGUCAGUGUUAUUGCAAUUAGGUGAAUGUCAAGUUUUUUUUUGUAUUAAGGAAACUGCGUUGAAUUGAUUUUGGUUUGCAUUUCCUUAUGAAACUUUAUCGCGCUUAUCCCAACUCGUUCAAUUCGUCAGAUGUUGGCAAAUUUUUCCGGAGUUGAAUUCUAAAAGACUGCAUCAAAGUUCAGGAAGAGAAAAAGAAAGUCGUUGUCUUGUGUAGCGCAGUUUUUUUGUGGCCAUUCACAGAGCAAGUCGCGGGCAAGAAACUAGAGAAAUCGUUCGUUACCUCGGUGACACGUUUAUAUAGGGUUCUAGAAAAUUUCAAUUUCCUUUUUGUUUUACUGAAAAACAAAUAAACAUGGAAAGGCGGUUAUUUUCUUUUUGAAUUAACACGGGUUUUUACAGACUCAAAACCAAUACAACCAAAUAAUAAGUGCCAACACAAAAUUCUACUGUUAAAUUUCUUGUAAACGGGCUCAUUUCAUCCGAGAAAAAAGUGUUAGAAGAGGUACUAAAUAAAUAUUCCUUUGUGACAGAACUAGCUGAAAGGUAAAAUUUGAAUGAAAACUUUCAUCCACUUUUUGUAAUGUUGAACUGAAAACCAAAAAUAGUGCCAUGUGAAAGUACUGCUGACGAGGUUUCAUUUGAAUGGUAACAAUAUAGGAUUUCAUCCAGACUUAAAAGUUAGAACUACAUACAAAAUAAGAAAGCACCAUGUGACAGUACUGCUGAAGAGGUUUCAUUUGAAUGGUAACAUCACAAGAUUUCAUCCACAGACUCAAAAGUCAGAACUACUUACUAAAUAAAUAGUACCAUGGGACAGUACUGCUGAAGAGGUUUCAUUUUUGAAUCCACGGGUUAGAACCACCCCACCAUCAAUCGUUGCUAUUUUCAUUUCAAUUUUUCAUCCACGGACUCAUAUGAAAAAAUGCUCGUCGUCUUUAGAACCACAAAACGCCAUCAUAUUUAGCAGUGAAGGUCUUGACUCCAUCAUUUGUUGUAUUUUUUUUGUCUCUUUUGCUUGGGCCACGCCCAAAUUUUCAGUUUUUCAAAAUUUAAUACCCCUUUAUCUCCCAAGAGUUCAGAUUCUAUGGGUAUUCUUUAAACGGCAGAUGAUCCUAGACAGUAGGUUACGUGUGCAGUGUCGUUGCGAGGUCAAGAUAGAGUGAAAUUUCUUGAAAUUUACUAUACCUCGUAGCACAGAUUAAAAUUGGCAGGGUCGUUUAUCCUUAAAACCCCCCGUUUAAUCCGAGCACCAAAAACUGAUUUCCUCUAUCAGAUUAGUCGUGCGUUUGGAUCAAAAUUAGCGCUGGGCUUUUGACUGAAAUGUUAAGAACUGAAUAGAAUGUACAAGAACACGGUGUAUUUCCGUCAUGAUAUUCCGGUUCAGAAAUGUUGUCUCCCGUUGAAGACUUUAAGUCUGUAAAUUUUGCGGUGUAAUACACCUUCUUCCUAUUCGACUUCCAGGCGAAAUUCCGGACGUUUUUGAAAAGUGGUAAACUUCGAGCAGCAUUUCUACCAUUUCUUUGGCAUAUUUUAAAAGUAAAAGGGCUGAAAGUGGAUAUUUAACUUGUUGCGAAAGAAUGUUUAACGCUUAAGAAUACAAAAUUUCAAGUUGUCAAUAUCAAGUGCGAAUUUCAAAAGUCACAGUUGUGUGGGUUAUAUGGCAUAUCGACUAAAUGCAAUGACGACGUUUAGUCGUCGAAACCGCAUUUUGUGUUUUAACGUUAUGUUACUUCAGUUAUGUUUAACUGAAGUCUGUCUCAUGGUUAAGUGUUAUUUCUAAUGAUUUUUCCCUAGCUAAGAAGGCUGUUUCGAAAUUUAUCACUUUCCGGUUUCGCAAUGUCUACAAUCGACAGUGAUGAUGAUGAUGAUGAUGAUGAUGAUGACGGUGAUGAUAAUGAUGAUAAAAAUAAUAGUGAUAAUGAUAAAGUUUAUAAUUAUAUUAAUAAUAUUAAACAUAAUAAUAAAAUAACAAAACUUCUUUAGCGCCGAUAUCAAUAGUCGCUAUUUUCAUUAGUGCUUAAAAAGUAAUAAUAAACAUUCCCCGGGGCUUUAUUUUUAAAUAUUUUGAAUAAAAUGGGCGUUUCAAACUCGAUUGGCUUAGAGCAGCCUUAUCGUUGGAAGUUUUGCUCAACGUAUUUCUUUUUUCCAAGUACAAAGCUGAUAAAACGAUUUAACGGAGGGUUUUAAUGUUACCAGUUUGGGGGGCAAUUUCUUACAUGGAGGGGGGAACCGGAAUUUUACGGUAUAAAUAAAUAAUGAAAAACAAGUACAAUGGUAACAACGACAACAAACUGAUAAAAAUAAUGAAAUUAAAGCGGGAACCAUUGUACUAACAAAAACAAGUACACUUAGGCAACAAACAGAAAAUUGAAAUAGAGCGAUAUAGUCAUAUCACAAAGCAGAAGCAGAAGGAUUAGUUUCCAUUGUCCAAUUUUCUUAGAAUCAGUCGUCCAAACGUGGUGUUCAGUUAGGUUCCAACUUACAGUAAGUUCUAGAAAGGUUUACGGCGAGUCGUUUCGUCCAAAAGGAUAUUAUUCGAGAACGCACCUAGGUCUUUUUCGUCUGUUCUCGAGUGAACGAUCGUUUUUCCUGCACUUUUGUCAUAAUUGCUUGUUCUUGUUGAGCUUAAAUCUUUUUUCAGACUUCUCGCAAGAAAAUAAAAGAAAAAAAAUAAAUAAAAAAAUAGAAAAGAUAAAAUAAAAUAAAAUAAACCCGAGACAAGGGUUUGCAUAAAACAAGACCCUAAGAUACGUUGUAGUUUAUAAACUCUUUCCCUAGAAAAAAAAGCAAAAUAUUUCUUGUGAUUUCUAGUCGCAAAAUCGUGUCCACGAAGAUCUACCGUAAUGAGUUCUUGUUUUGCAAAAAUGCUUUGCAAAAUACGGAGUUUUUCGCUUAAAAUGUAUGAUAAAAUUGACUCACCUUCUUUGUAACGUUUUCCAUGUUUCAGCCGACGAAGGAAUUAAAUUAAACUUGUCCCUUGCGUGAUUAGCGCGCGAAAAGCCAAACAACUUGACGCUACAACCAUGUUUACCUACUCUCAUGCAAACACUGCUCUCGGCCAAUCAGAGCGCGCGUACUAUCUUAGUUAUUUUAUAAAAUAAAAUAAACAAGCAAACAAGACCCUAAGAUACGUGUAGUUUCAGGAGAAAAUAUUUCUUGUCAUUUCGUUCAGAAAAUUGCAGGUGACAGUUCUCUGGGCCAGUUGAGAACCCAAAAGAACAAUAUAUGAGUCAAAAGAACAAUAUAUGUCGAAUUGGUAUUCGCUCAACCUUGGACGAAUCUCGAAGUGUGUGUUUUGAGACAGAAAGGUUUUGAUCGGUGCUUUCGUGUGGUGCUAAAUAUUAAGCUGUAGAAGGUGAGGAUUUGGUGGCUACUUAGAAAAUCCAGCGGAGAAGAUAACGUAUCAGUGGAAAUCCCCCAAGGCUGACUCGGCCUUGCUUAACCUUUUCUUUCCUAAAAGUCAAAAUUCAACAACGUUCCCAAAUUUUAUUGCAUAAAAUUCUGAAAAACAAAUUAUGCCAUGUGAAAGUACUGCUGAAGAGGUUUGUUUUGAAUGGUCAUACCGUACGAUUUACCGGGGGGUACUUGGGUUAGUUUUUGCUGAGUAUGUGCCGCUGCCUCUGAGAGCCCCUACCCCAUUAUAGUCUAAUCUGUGGCCAAUUAUAGACCCCAUCUUAGUCUUUUUUGGGGAAGUAUGUAAUUUUCGCGAUACCAACUUUAGUCACUCCAUUUUAAUGAAUUGACCCAUUUUUUAGAUUGAAUGAAGAACACUUUACUUUUCAUCUACAGUACAACCAUUCUGGUACGUUUACUAACCGUAAAUAUGAAGAACUGUCUUACCCUCAAAAAUCCGAAAAUGUGCGACCCCAUUAUAGUCAAUCCAGUCGUGAAAAUGUAACCCCAUCCAGCGGCACAUCCCCAUUAGCCUCUUAUAAGGAAAUAUCCCCCCCCCAACCCCCUCCGUGGAGGAUUUAGUCCACAGACUCAAAAGUUAGAACCAAGUUAAAAGACGCCAUCAAUCGCUCUGUGAGUGAAGGGGUUAAAACCCUUAUUAUGAACUGGUGCAUAAAGCUAUUAAAAGUGUCAUUGACUAAGGACGGAUAGUGAAUCAAAGUUCGCAUAGUUAGGCCGACUUUUUUUUUAAUCUUUGACAAUGCCAUUUGGGAAUAACCGCCCGAAAUACUUGAAAGGUGGUUUUCUCACGCCUUAGAGAAUAAAUUGACGACUUUGUUCAAAAUAGUUGUUCAAAAGUCAUUUUGUACAUUAGCCAGUGUACAAAAAACAAAAAAAACAAAAACAAAAAACAUGGGAAAGUUAUGGUGAACUUCCCCCUCAAACCCUCGAAUGCAAUAAUCAUGUGUGACAGUUAUCCACUUGAAGACACUUGUGCAGAAAAUUUGGCAUCGUUACAAUUUAAAUUUUGGUGAAUUCAAAAGGAACUUCUUAAGAAAGAGGUAGUUAUCCGGAAGGCAACUGGCCAGGGAAGUUCGUGCAUGCCCACAGCAGGUGACGAAAGCUGUCAUCCGAUAUUUGGCGUUUGAUAAGUCGGGAUAUUGCGUUCUUGAUUACAGCUGCUUUAAGCCCUCGCAAACUUACCAGAUUAUUUUCAGUCUGUCGAUAACAUGAUGCUUUUAGAUUUGUACGCAAUAUGAUGCCCACAUCAUAACGCCGGUGUAAACGUUAAGAAGAGAAAUUCGCCACGUUUCUCGACGAGUAUAAAAUGGAAUCGUGUGAAAGGCGAGUUUGUUUGAGCUCGCAAAGUUAAAAUAAGGAAAGAUGAUCGUGAAAGGCUUUUUGUCCGCCGCGUGGAGAGUUGGUAUCGAGGGGUCAACCUUUCUUAUUCUCAUUGCCUUCACUGUUUUCCAUUUGUUCAAGGUUAGUAGUUUCAUUAAUCCUUGUAUUUCGUUCAUCGAGUUUUUAAGCAUUGUAAGUUUAGCUCUAUUGACCGAUGUCUUGUAUACAUCGGUAUUUGAAAGUUAGCUGUUGUUAACAUGUGUUAGAACAAUACUAACGAAAUAAAGAGACGGUCUGUUAGUUAUUUCAAAUUGGUAGGAGAAUUUGGUUAUGUUAUUUGUUUCUCCUCGAAGGAAUUUUGCCCUUUCCCGUCCGGAAUUGCGUCGACUCGGCAUAAGAGACAAAAAUAGAAGUGAUCCGUUUUGCUGUAUAACCCCGGCAUAAUGUCUUCGAUCCAAGAGUAGACUGAAUUGAACGCCUCCUGCUGGUCAUAAUUUUGUCUUUUAAUUUUAUUUUACCCAAUUCGAAGAUUAAUUCUUGUUAUUUAUUUUUGGGAACUCUUAAAGGCGCAUAAUCAAAUUUUGCAUUCGAACUAAUAAUUUUUUUUAUAAUCAUGCUACUUCCGGAUUGUCGCUGAUUAAAUUAAAAUCUUUUUUUGCCUUAAUUACUGCAUACCUGUCUCUAAUUCGCGUAGUAUUUUAAUUUUGUUUUGGUUGACUCCAAUUCAAAGCAUUUUGACACACAGUCUGCCAUUAAUUUGUAACUAUCAAUAAUGUGUCUGAAAUUCUCGUAAUAGCUAUUAAACAAUACAAUUAUGCGGUUGUGCUGUUAUGCCAUAUAAGGUGUUUCUGUUGACAUCUUAUAAUACUGAUUUAACCGCAAAAUCUUGCAAUCUCUUCAUAACUUUUAUGGUGUUGUAUUAUAGUGUAGUAUAUUGUGUCUAACGUUGACCACUUCAAACUAAAACUUUGAACAAGUGUUACUUUGUUAAAACGUGAUGAUGUUCAGCAUGUAAUAAAAAGCUAUUUGCUCUCAUUUGUGCCCUUUGUCAAAGCGGGGGCCUUUCUUUCUACUGUUGGGAAAUCGUGGAAGAAUUGAACUUGAUUUUUCAGAACGGAGCUGACUGAAAGGCCGACAAAAUCAGUAACCGUAUGAUCCAAAAGUUGUUUGUUUGCGGUGAAGAUGUAAUUUUGUUGGAGACACUCGUGACUCGCUCUAUGAUUUGACACAAUUGUUUUGAUCUCCUAUUUUAGUCAUUGAUACGUAAGUUGAGAUUUUUCCUAAAAACAUGCACCGAUAAUGUAAACAAUACUUGCUCAAAAUGUAUGAAAGGUUACGGUACGUCUCUUCUUUUAAAAGUGGUUAGUUUUAACCUUAAGUGCUUCUCGUAUUCUUGUGAAUGUUCGCGAUAACUUAACUUCGCUUUUUUAGGUCGGAAAUAUGGCACGUAAAAGCUCUCAACACAACCAUUAAUUUGCUCAUGGCAGUGAUUCGGGAAGUCUCCAGAGCCUGAAAUGCCAAGUGCAGACUAAACCCAAAUUUUCGUAGACCACGUUUUUACUGCAAACUUUAACUAAGAGGAGGGCAGUUGAUGUGAUGUUUCGAUUUAGAAAACGGGAUGCUCUUGAAGUGGACGUAUUUUUUGUGGUUUUGCUUUGGAGAACCACCUCGCGUGCGUAGAGAAAACAAUAGAAUUAUAUCAAAUACGUAUCAAAUAAUUUCCUUUCAGUGCUUGUAUCCUUUUUUUGAUCGGUCACUUUUGUUCUUGUUGACGGUUUGUUUCGUAACGUGAUAAGAUUGUUAUAACGUUUGUUCUCCUCUCCAAGAAAAAAUGAUGCCCACUCAUUUCGGUUAUAAUCUAGUCGUUUUAUGAUACAAAAUUUUCCAAAUACCGUAACCAGUUCUUAUUGUUUCACUGAAUUUCAUACGUUUAUGUUUAUUCUCUCUUUUUAAAUAAUCUUCAAUGAGUUUUGCCUCCAAAAAUGCGGAAAAGAAGCACGUAAAAGAAGAGGAAACUCAUGAUUAAAAUCACACAGCAGUCGAGUCGUGCAUUCGUUGAGUAUGCCAUAGCCGACUGAUUGUGGCACGUUAUUUGUCUUUUUUGUGGAUGUUAAGCUAUCUGUGGUUUCCGGACCUACGUAUUAAUCAAUUUGUUUUUGUAACGGGUCGUCCUUGGAUGUAUUCGGCAUGAAUUAAGAUGGAUCGUUUUUUUUUAUCGUUUGAGAAAAUCUCCCUAAGUGUGCGAUGUGUUUUGACUUUUGAGUUUGUGGAGAAAAUUCCAUAGUGUCACAUGCAAGUGAAUCCUCCACUGCAGCGCUUUCGCGUUUCACUAUUCGUUUCUAAGCGUUGCGUAGAAAAAUAAUUAGGCAGUAUUCAUGCUAGUAAUGAGCUAGGAGGGUUAAAAAGACACUUGAAAAGGUUUUACGAAUCGUGACGCAAGAGAAACAAAGCCUGUAGCUAAUCCUCUUAUAACAUCUAUAUCUCUCGCAACAAAGAAUUUUCGUACCGGCGAGCAAUCUCUAGAGUGCUUAAACAGAACUGCUGCACCUCUCCAACCCCGAACACACCUUUCCUUCCCGACCAAGCACACUGGGUGAACAAUUUUUAAAACUGUGUUUGGCAUGUAAUGCUUUUUGAAAAGUGCGAGUCAAGGUUAUGAGACGUAAUGAAUAUGCCCUGUAGGAUGACUGAACUGCUUAAGUUACGGCUAAACAUUUCGGUGUUAUUGACAACACAGCCUGUUUAGCAGGUUUUGCGCAAUGACUUAUUUUUGUUCUUAAAGCUAUAACGCGUUUGUCUAAUUUUUCCAGACACCUUUAUGUAAGAGACGUACUUAUUCUAAGUAGCCCGAAGCUGCUAAAAUGAACUCUGAGGAAAGUUAUCUAAAAGUCGUGUAUCAGGGAAAAUAAAUCAGCGAAAAGUACUUCAGGAGAGGACUUCUUAUUAACUUCAUGUAAAUUGCUACACAGUCUAAACACUGCUCAACACAGGGUUUUUUUUUCUGUCGUUAGCCCUUUAGCUUUGAAGUAUUAAAAUUUAUUUACAGAAUGAAAAGCCAAAUCAGUUGAUAUAAACUAAACGUUUAGAGCACCACUUGACAUUUUUUGUUAUCCAUUGCUCCAAGAAUUUUCACUUGAAUACGUGCAAGGUAUACGGUGUCAGCCUUGAAACGUCAGAACACAAUUCCAUGCUCUUUUAUCUUGUUGAAUAACUGUAUUUACUUUUUCCAACAACGUGCACUCUUAUAUGCAGCAACUUUUGUGUCACAUGCUAUAUAACAACUUAAAGGUUUCCCGCCAAACCUCUCGGGCUCACAAUGUCAGCACUGAGAAGUUGGAGCAACAUUCGAUGAUUUUAUGUUCUAGAAGGUCUUGAAUUGUUUUUAUAAUCGACAAUCCUAGAAUAUGCUAAACUGACUGAUUGUCACUUGAACCCAGUUUAAUGGCCUUUAAUAGCUGCUAGGAGUUUUUACUUAGCUCAGUGGUUGAACAUUUGCAUGAGCAACCAAGAGGUCUUGGUUUAAACUUCUGUUGGAAGAACUCGUAAUUCAUUUUUUUUUCGAGUCGCCUGUGUCAGUAACAGAAAAAACAUCGUUUUCCUUAUUUUCGUCGUUUAAAAUUCAUUUUGAGAAUUGUUUUGUUGUUUUGGGCCCCUGAUUUAAUGUCUUUUCCUUGAGACAAAUGUUGUUCCGUUCCGUCUGGUCAUUUCGGAAGAAAAUAGUAAUGUCAACAAAGAAUUCUGAUAUGACGAAUAAAGUUGAUUGUGUAUACUUUCUUUUAUUAGUUUAAUACUAGCUCGUAAACUACAUUAGUGGGGCAGAAGUCUUUGUUGACAAAAACACGACCAUGCACAAACAAAGAGCCACCCUUAAAACUCUUAUGUCCCUUCUUUGACUGCAUUCGACCCUUUGCAUGAGAACUCAUUUGUUUUUCUUUCUUUUAUCUGAAAUGAAAACGAUCUUUAAGACUUGCUCUUGUUUGUUGUCACAACAUUACUAAGUAUAAGACCUGUGAGGCUGAUAUCCAACGUUGCUGAGGUGAAAGAACAUGUUUUCGUUUACCGUAUGUCUCUUAUGUGCAUUUUGCCACUAGAUAUAGAAACACUACCUUGUAGAAGACAAUUUAAAAACAAAUUUAGACUGUUACAUCUGUCAGACUAUCUUUGAUCUACCUCUCGUAGUGUAUUGCUUGUUUUAUACCCCACGACUUCAGAUAGAUGUCAUUUUUGGGAGUUGGCUUUAAAAACUCUUAGUUACUUCAACUUCCUUCACUUACAUAUCUUUUAGCUUCUGUUAUCUAUGUGCCUGUCUUAAGAAAUGUUAUCUUUUAUUUUUUUUUAUCAACCUCUGUAUUUCAAUUGGAAGUGAAAUAAAUCUGACUUGACUUGGACUUUGAUCAAACAGGACGCACGUUACGGAAUCGUUUGAUCGUAGGGUUCUUCUCUUAUCCUGGUCACUAGUUAUGUAUGAUACGAAGUUCCUAUUGUUGUUACUGUGGACAGAAUCCUAUAGGGUGAUCACUUGUUUUAACUACUUGUUUUCACGAAUUGAAUGAUUCUUGUAUCUUUGAAAUCUCCUGCUCAUGUGCUAUGCGUGCCACUCCACCGUACAUACAUACAUACUAACUUUAUUCAAGAUGUAAACAAGCUUAUUUACAGGAAAAACAAUAUUUAUCUUAAAGGAAGUUGAGAGGUUAGCCCUAUAUUAGAACUCCCAAACAGAAAUAGAAAAUGCUAAAUAAAAACAUCAAAUACAAUACAAGUAUUCAAAAAUCAAGUCCUUAAUGAAAGGACAGUUCUAGUUUAAAAUUUAUUAAAUCGAUAAUGAUGAAGCUUAUUUUUAAAAUAAUGAAGGCUUUCAGGCUCUACUAUGUCUCUUGGAAGAUAGUUUCGUUUUGAAACUAUUCUAAUAAAAAAAGAAUAUUUGUAACAAUCGAGUCUUGCGCUUUUAACAUACAAUUUGAAGGGGUACACUCAGCCUAUGUUUAAAUUUGAUGUCCUCAAAUUGGUGGAAAACUUUGCGGUAAUAAUACAGAUUUGUAAUCGUAAUUUUGAUUGAGGAUCUCUGAAAUACAUACGUAGUAGCGAAACGCCAUCGAUGACCGAAAAUGAUUAGAGAUCUAAAGGGAUAACGUUCUCCAAAUGGUUCGUCAUAUUUUAUUAUUAGAGUUUUUGUUUUGGUUUUAGCUUGAAUUCAAUAUCAGUAAGUAUGUAAAGAAGGCCGUGUAUUUAAGAUGAUGUCAUGAAAAACUUAUGGAAUUUUUACCUAAAACGAUGAGACUGCUGCUCUCAUCUCUUAAGACGUUUACAACUGAAACGUUUCUCUUGAGGCAUGGUUGGCAGAUCUAACUUUUCAAUCCUGGACAAAUUCCUAUUAUGUGGCUAUUCAUCCUUUAAAUGUAACCUAGCAGUUGUAGUUUUAUUUUUAUACGAAUAAAAAUGACUUUUAAAUUUUAUACUUUUUGGGGGGUGUGAAUGGGGUUGAAGUUGACACUACGGUGCACGCAAAGUGUUGUGGACUUGAAAGUGCAUGGAAAAUAUUUUCAAAGCUAAAUUUGCGUUACUUUUGGUGAUAACUAACUAAAUGCUUGAAUGAAAAAAAAAGGAUGUCCGCUUUAUUUUAUUUUAAGUUAUAUUAAUUAUGCGGUCUAAAGUGUACAAUAUUCUCUACUCUCGGUAUUGAACGGUGUUAUUGUAUUAUUGUCUUCAGUUAGGAAGGAAGCUCUUAAGUAUAACAACAUAGAAUAGCAAAAAAAGGAUGAUUGUUUCAGGGGACAUCCAAACAGUGAUAGUUGGGUUGAAGUAAACGAGGCGAAGACGAUUCACUUUCAGCGAUUGUUUGGAUAGUACAACCCCAGACCAUGUAUCAGACCAUGUACUUCUUAAAAGCAGAUGUAAAACAAGGUCUUCUAGUUCAAGGGACUUUUACAUCACUAUUUCAAAAACAAAUCAACAACUUAGAUCUUUCACCAGAUUUGGAUUAACCAAGUUACGGAAUAGCGUCCCCGCUGAAAUACGUUGUUGUCUCUUUUGCGAACCAACGAAGUUGACUUUGAAGCACCUAUUGUUCUCAAAAGAAGAAAAGAAACCUAGUGAAAACUGUUAAAACCUUUAGCCUUUAUCUCGGUGCUAGAUUUUAUUUUGAUUUAAAUCUAAUUUCUGCUUUCUAUAUAUUAUUAUAUUUUUUUCUCUUUAUCUCUGAGAAAUUUAUAUAUUUAUUCUUUUAUUUAUUUAGAUUUUCAGCGUAUUAAAACCUAUCUAAUUGGCCUCUACCCUCCCAGAUUAACCCUGCUAUUUGCCGUUAGCGCAUUUUGUGAAUUCUCCUCUAAAAUAAUGAAUAAACUUGACAGAUUUGUAUGUGAUUUGUGCUCUGUUAUGGCAAGGAGACAGCUGAGGAGAUCGUGAUCGCUUUUGAAUAUUUUAUAGAAAAGGGCGCAAUACAAAUAAUAAAUGUUAUUGUUAUUGUUAUUGAUCGUGACAUUUGGACAAAAUAAAGUAACGCAAUAAAUUUUAAAUUACAUUACGAUUUCAGUGAACAGUCGAACUUAAUUGGUCGACCUAAAUAGUUCGACGUUUGAACCGGGCCUUUAUAGGAUCCAACAUUCGAACUUUCUGCAAGGUACUGUCUCCCGUUGUUUUCUCUUUGUGCAUCAUUGAGUAGUUUAAGAAGGAUUUCGGUCAGUUGAAAUUUCGUGGGAAUCAAUGGCUAUUAAAGUGGGACUGUCGCUGGAAUUUUUGUCAUAGCUUUUUUUAAAAUUAUCAGCUGGUAAUCACUCUUUCCGCAACACUAAAGAGAUAAUUUUCAAACAAAGCUAGGGAAAGAAAGCAAAAAUGUGUUAUUUUUAGCAAUUAACUGAGACACGAUUAAACAACUUGAAAAAGUUAAGCGUGUUUUUUUCAUCUUUGUUCUGUGAGAGACAACCGUAAAUGGUUGUAUUGCAUUUAUAAAGUACUUCUUUGCAAAACAGGAACAUGUUUAAAUUGUUACAAAUACAUCAUUGGAUUUGUGUAUCUCUCGUGACAGUGCGUUGAAUAGUUCAAUAUUAUUCAAACCACUCUCACGGUACAGUGUCCUAAAAUAAGGAAACGUGCUUGCUCAAUUACUUCAAGAAAGCACUUGUGGCGACCCUUGUCGUGGCACGUGCUUUGAUUUCUAUCUUUCCUUUUGCUUUUUAAUAUGCAAUUGUAGUCCAGGGCAGUGUCGUUCAAUAUUUGUCAUUCUUUCCGUAUGCGCGUGUUUCUUUUAAUUGUAAAUUUAGAAAUGGUCGUGUAGGCUUUAUAUUGUAAUUUUUGUUUGCAGUCGGCAAAUUCAUUUUCCGUGACGCGGUUUUACAUUUCAAUGGUAAAAAUAGAAAGUGUAUCAAUGUGGGCUCUUGUCUUGGUAUUUCAUGGCACUUGGAAAAAGUUAGGAAUCACUCCACUGCGUUUCACGUAUUCCACAUUUUUCUGUGCUGAUGAAUGCCUAUCAUUCUUUAUGCCAAUAUAAUGCAUGUCCCGCCUUGUCUUUUCUUUCCUUUUUUUUCAGUUUCAUGUUAAGUACAUACUUUAGUGUUCUUUUUUGUUUUUUAAAUAUAACUCACAGGCCCAAGCAAAUUCAACAUUCCUUGUAAAUAGUUUGCAUUCUAAAGUUUUUGAUAUAAGCACAAACCUUUAAGGUGUAUCAAAAGUUUUACCAGAGGAAAGUCGUGUUGCGGAAAGAUGAUCGUGAAAGGCUUUUUGUCCGCCGCGUGGAGAGUUGGUAUCAAGGGGUCAACCUUUCUUAUUGUCAUUGCCUUCACUGUUUUCGGUUUGUUCAUGGUUAGUAGUACUAGUUUCAUUAAUCCUUGUACUUCGUUCAUCGAGUUUUUAAGCAUUGCAAGUUUAGCUGUAUUGACCGAUGUCUUGUAUACAUCAGUAUUCGAAAGUUAGCUGUUGUUAACAGGUGUUAGAACAAUACUAACGAAACUAGUAAUAGUUGACACUACAGCUGCCCCUGCGGCUCUGUAUAUUGUCGGUCAAUAGCAUUCUUCCUCAUUGUGUAGCUCUUUGAAAUAUACCGAUUCAUAAGGAAGAUUUUCACACAUAUUCCAUACAAUAGGUGAGCGAAAUACAGGAAACGCAAGGUUCCAUGCACAGUUUCAGGUCGAUUUACACAGCUUCGAUCAAAACAUUCUCAGUUUCGAGAAUAGUUUAUUCUAAACCAUAAGAAAAGAUUUAAUGAGAAGUUGAAUUUUUCGCUAUUUCUUUUUCACUUAUCUAAAAGUCGUGUAUCGGGGAAAAUAAAGCAGCGAAAAAUACUUCAGGAGAGGACUGCUUAUUAACUUCAUGUAAAUUGCUACACAGGCUAAAAGUCAACACAGGGUUUUUUUCUGUCGUUAGCCCUUUAGCUUUGAAGUAUCAGUAGUUUAUUUACAGAAUGAAAAGCCAAAUCAAUUGAUAUAAACUAAAAGUUUAGAGCACCACUUGACAUUUUUGACUAUUCAUUGCUCCAAGAACUUUCUGUUCAAUACGUGCAAGGUAUGCAGUGUUAGCCUUGAAAUGUCAGAACACAAUUCCAUGCUCUUUGAUCUUGUUAAAUAGCUGUAUUUACUUUUUCCAACAACGUGCACUCUUAUAUGCAGCAACUUUUAUGUCACAUGAUAUAUAACGACUAAAAUGUUUCCCGCCAAACCUCUCGGGCGCACGGUUUCAACACUGAAAGGUUGGAGCAAUAUUCGGUGAUUUUAUGUUCUAGAAGAUCUUGAAUUGUUUUUAUAAUCCACAAUCCUAGAAAAUGCUAAACUGACUGUUUGUCACUUGAACCCCGUUUAAUGGCCUUUAAUAGCUGCUAGGAGUUUUUACUUAGCUCAGUGUUAGAACAUAUGGAUGAGCAACCAAGAGGUCUUGGUUUAAACUUCUGUUGGAAGAACUCGUAAUUCAUUUUUUUCGAGUCGCUUGUGUCAGUGACUGAAAAAACGUCGUUUUCCUUAUUUUCGUCGUUUAAAAUUCAUUUUGAGAAUUGUUUUGAUUUUUUGGCCCCUGAUUUAAUGACAUUCCUUGAGACAAAUGUAUUUCCGUUCCGUCUGGUUAUUUCGGAAAAAAAUAGUAAUGUCAACAAAGAAUUCUGAUAUGACGCCAGACGAAUAAGUUGAUUGUGUAUACUUUCUUUUAUUAGUUUAAUACUAGCUCGUAAACUACAUUAGUGGGGCAGAAGUCUCUGUUGACAAAAACACGGCCAUGCGUAGGGCAAACGAAGGUAAUUGGAAAAAAUCAUAUUUCACAGUUUUAUGCAAAUUGAACUGAAUGUGAAAAAUAUUUCAAGUUAACCCAAACGCAAUUCGUUCGAGUGUCGCUGAGUCGUCUGCAGUUUGGCGAACAAUGCUGUCCUGUUGUUUUUUCGUUGUCCCACGGCAUCAGAAAAUAGAACUGACUGAGCAUUUGAUAAAUGUGUGAUCUAGGCCCUUUAUAAGUGGACGUUCAGGUUUAAGUACUAUAAAGAAACAGAGAACCACUCUUAAAACUCUUAUGUCCCUUCUUUGACUACAUUCGGCCCUUUGUAUGAGAACUCAUUUGUUUUUCUUUCUUUUAUCUGAAAUGAAAACAAUCUUUGAGACUUGCUCUAGUUUGUUGUCACAACAUUACGUAGUAUAAGACCUGUGAGGCUGAUAUCUAACGUUGCUGAAAUGAAAGAACAUCCUUUUGUUGACCGUAUGUCUCUUAUGAGCUUGUUGCCACUAGAAUAAAAACACUACCUUGUAGAAGAGAAUUUGAAAACAAAUUAAGACUGUUGCAACUGUCAGACUAUCUUUGAUCUACCUCUCGUAGUGUAUUGCUUGUUUCAUACCCCACGACUUAAGAUAGAUUUCAUUUCUGGGAGUUGGCUUUAAAAACUCUUAGUUACUCCAACUCCCUUCACUUACAUAUCUUUUAGUUUCUGUUAUCCAUAUGCCUGUCUUAAGUAAUGUUAUCUUUUAUUAUUUCUUUUAUUAACCUCUGUAUUUCAAUUGGAAGUGAAAUAAACCUGACUUGACUUGGACUUUGAUCAAACAGGACGCACGUUACGGAAUCGUUUGUUCGUAGUGUUCUUAAAUUCUCCUGGUCACUAGUUAUGAAUGACACGAAGUUCCUAUUUUUGUUACUGUGGACAGAAUCCUAGAGUGUGAGCAUUUGUUUUAACUACUUGUUUUCACAAAUGCCUCGUUUCUUUCGACGCGAAACCGACUAAAAAGGUUAAUUCCACUUGGGCAUCUUAUUCGAUCACUGCAUGCCAAUAUCUGUUAACAUUAUAUUGGGGUAGAAAAGCCUCUUCAAUAGAUCGAGUGUUUUUGGACUUUGGUUAGACUGUUUUAAUCAGUCAUUGAAGGAGUGCUCACAAUCCCCUGGAAAAUACAUAACAGCACAAAUAUAUUACAUCACUACUGCGCUAAGGGCAUAGAAACGGUGCUUUGUUUCAGUGAGACUGAUAUGAUAUUGUUAGCACCGUAUUCCUGGCGUUUCGUGUGUUGCGUAUCGUAAUAAUCGCCUUGUGCUGAGAGACGCGACCCACAAGAAGUGGAGACAAUCCGGAUAAAAGAGAUUACCAGAAAAGUGGAGAUCUUGUUAUUUACCUUGACCCAAUAUGUGCCGGGAUUUGCAUUGAUAAUAGCUAGUGAGCUGAGAAUAGCCGAGCACGUGGCACGCGAUGCUACUUAAUGUCACGUGAGAUUACUCGUGAAUCGUUUCCUGUUUUGCUCUCUCGCCUGCUAAUUGUGUAAUCCGUACUUACUUUUAUCGCGGGUAAUUUGUUAUGUACAGGAAGAGCUAGCAAACCUCUAGAAUUAUCUUUGCGGUUUUUGCAAAAUUAUUUUAUGUUAGAAUUUUCUUGUAACAUGUGCCAACAGUUUUUGUGUCACUGCGUGAAUUACCGCGAUAUCCAAAUCGGGCAUUUUCCAUUUGCAUGUCUCCCAUAAUACAUCUCGCUUUCCCCCCCAAAAACCAAGUUGUAUUGUGGGAAAUGUGCAAAUGGAGAACACAAUGCCGUUCAGCGGGAAUUGGGGGGAGUAUUUCAAACGCCUGACGGGAAAGGUAUCGCAAUCCUCUGUGCAUAAGAGACACGCCUCCUUCUCGUAAAAUGUGGGACAUAAAACCAUUUUACAAAGCACCAUCACUUGUUACCGGUGCGAAGAAACCUCACAAAGAUCAGUCCAGAACGCGGCAAAUCGGGAAACCUUAUUGGAAUUGUAUAAAAGGAAGCAGCAAAACAAAAAAUCCACAACAACAACAACAAAACUGGCUUCUGUUUGCGAAAAAGCAAGAUAACAAGGAUCUGGCGUUUGUUUUUCGUAGACCCGAGAUUUUUUUCGGGUCAAAAAAUGUUCGAACCUUCGGCACUUUUGAGCGUGGUUUCCGCGUCCCCACCACGUUCACGUUUUCUCUAAUCCCCUUGAUCGGUGCCACCUGGCUCUACCAGGUCUUUGCUAUGUUAGGUCAGGUUUCUCGUUGUUUCAGGAUGAUUUUGCAACCAAAUCCCUAAACUGAACCAUGUCAAACUUGGUCUUUUUCAGGAAUUCGUGAAGCGCUACAGCUUGUUGUUCCCAAAAAUUGAAAAUGGAGACCUGCGAGAUGAGAUGCCGAGCAUCCUGGAAUCCUUUGGACUGGAUUCACGGGAGUAUCAGCUAGGCAAACAAAAGGUAGAACGUGGCUUGAAGUGCUUCAAUGUUACCUGAUCAGAUGGUGUCUCAAAUUUAGAGCAAACCUGUACGAAAAAAAAGCACAUCAUCAGAAUUUGAUCCUACAAGGAACACUAAGACUUCUCACAGCCCCAAUUUUUCCGUAAGAUCGUAGAGAUCGAGCGCUCACCGGAAGGGGCAGCCAUUUUGUAAUUGGCUGCAAGGACUUAAAAGCGCUCGUUCUUGGUGAUCUUACGCUAAAAUAGGAGACUGUAAACUGUUUAAUAAACACGUUUGACAGCAGGAAAACAGUGCUUGGUAGUUCUAAAUCGAUGAUUACACCUUAGGAUUUCAUUUACAUACUUAAAAAAAAGUAAGAACCUCCUUUUACAGUUUAAUAAACAGAAGGGCAAGAAAGUUUGGCUUAAGACUGAGUUUUCUCCAUUCGGAGUUCGUACAUAAAACUGCAAAAGCUAACCCAUUUAGAGGCAGCGUGGCCGAGCGGUUAGGGCGCCGGCGGACUUGUAAUCCGGGGUCUCGAGUUCAGGUCCCGCUCUGACCGCCAGCUGGAUUUGUUCUCGCUAGUCAAGGGUUCAAAUCCUCGGCCAUGCUUGUAGAAUAGCUAACUGGUUCUCCUCCCACCAGUUGGGAUUCUUUAACCUUGUUAUGUUCAUUUGCAUUAUUUUUUUAUCAUCCCUGAAAAGCCCCAUAAAGGGGAGAAGAUAUUUACAGUAAAUUAACUCUCCUUUUCGGGAUCGGAUAGUCAUUUGCUUCUAAAACAUUUAACAAGAAAAAUUAACUGAGGAACGUUAUUCGACGUUCAAAGGAGUACGUUUUUUAUUUGAGGGAGUGAACUUAUUUUUGGUUUGCGGUAUUUUUUUUUUAGAUCUUUCUCCGAGACAGUCAGCAUUCUCUGCUGCAAACACGUCUUCACUCGGAACAGAUCCACAAAGUCUGUGUUUUACAGCGCUGGAUCAGGGGAGUCCUACAAAGAAGGCAUUUUAUUAGGCAAAGAAAUGCUGCUAUUGUUAUUCAGGUACAAUUUUUUUGAAGAGAACAAUCUUUUAGUGUGAGGCGGUUGGGGGUUUAGGUUUAACUCUUUAAAUCUCAAUAGUGACCAAGAUCAAUUUUCUCCUAACAAUGUCCAUACAUUGUCAAGAGAUAAGUUAUGAGAAUUAAUAAAAUGAUCACCAAGGAGAAAAUGCCUUGAUUUAUUAUCAAAUUCUCUCAACUAAUUCUUCAAUGAAAUGUAGAUCAGUUUAGAGUAUUUGUGUAUAAAAUUAUUUUUUCCUUCCACCAGGCCGCAUGGCGUGGUUACCUGGCUCGUUCUAAUCUUGAGCUGCAAGCAUUUGCGGUCCUUCGAAUCCAGUCCUCUUGGCGUACGUUCAUUGCUCGGCGUGACUAUCUGAGUGUGCGUGACAGAAUUAUUCUACUACAGAGUCACGCAAGAGGAUACCUGGCUAGAAUAAGGUAUGUUAGGUAGUAGCACAAAAUUAAAGUUAUAUUCAGGCCUUUGUGUGUCAAAAUAAGUUAAUCUCACGAAAAGAAAGUUUAGAUUUUUCAUUUCAUUUUAGUAUAUAAUUGCUUGCAGAUUCAGACAAGACAAAGAGCUGAUGUUAAAGCAGGACAAGGCGCCUGUCUCACCGUAAGACUUCCUUGUUAUGUAGCUAUUGGUGGAUCUCUGAUCCGUUAGAAAUACAAAAACUCUGCCGUCGCUUGGGAGUAUUGUUUUUUUUUUUUUUGGCAAUAUGUCGAUUUAAAGAUUAAACGAAGGCGUUCGGAAAAUAAAGGCGUAAACAGAAACUAGAAAUAGGUGUUGAUAUCAUAAGCAAAAAGGAGAACCCGAAGUUACUUGUAAAGUGAAGUUUUUUUCUUUAUUUAUCCCUGACUGUUGUCAGUGUAUUUUGUCCUUGGUCAGUCGUCUUCACCUGACACGGUGAAAACUUAAAAUGGGAACUGAAAACUUUGACUCAGUUUUUGUGCAAAAGAAAAAGGUAUAUAUAAAGACAUCUUGCUGUGCAUUUUUUUUGGAGCUUUUGUAAACUCUACAUAAUGGUUUUUCUGUUGUUUAGUCGUCCGGGACUGUCCCACGUGCGCUCUUUAAGUCGAUCAUUAAGUGAUCCGUCGAGGUACGAUGAUACUUCCAACGAUCAACGCGAAGUCCGGGACGGCGCGGACAUAACUGAAAAUGGACCACAUUAUGAGGACCCUUGGAAGCCAAGAGAGAGAUCCCCAUCCAAGUAAGGAUACCUAAAGUGUCGCCUUUAUGCUAAGAUACAAGGUUAAACACUGUAAACUGUCGCCUAUUAGCUCCCUCACUUAAUACCCACCCCUGCAGUUUAUGCCCCCCUGCAAACGUAUUGAGGUGAAUUCGAUUGGUUAAAGCCAGCAGUGCAGGAUCACUUGUGCGUGAGCCUGCUCGCAAGCUAAAUUUAUUAUGAUGUUUUGAAGGUUACUAAAUUAAAAACCAGUAAAUGCAAACGUAUUUUUAUCAGCACUGCUUUCGCUUGUUUCGAAGCGUUUUUUCUAUUCGGGUUAUUAUUCCCCCCUCGGAUAUAAGCUCCCCCGUUUAUAAGCCCACCCAAAACCCCUUACGAAGAUGUAUAAGCCCAGGGAUUAUAAGCGGGAGUUUACGGUAGUCCUCUCUGUCACUCCCAGAGCGAAUUAAGGGAGUCUGCUAAGGUGAUUCUUUCACUUCGUACUAUUUAUUUAGUAUGUAAUUCUAACUUUUGAGUCCGUGGAUAAAAUCCUAUGGUGUUACCAUUCAAAUGAAACCUCUUCAGCACUUUCACAUGGUACUCUUUACUUGGUAUGUAGCUCUAACUUUUCAAUCUGUGGAUGAAAUCCUAUUUUGUGACCAUUCAAAUGAAACCUCGUCAGCAGUACUUUCACAUGAUACUAUAUGUUUAGGAUGUAGUUCUAACUUUUAAGUCUGUGGAUGGAUUCCUAAGGUGUUACCAUUCAAAUGAAACCUCUUCAGCAGUACUUUCACAUGAUGCUAUUUAUUUAGUUUGUAGUUCUAACUUUUGAGUCUGUGGGUGGAUUUCUAUGGUGUUACCAUUCAAAUGAAACCUCUUUGAAAGCACUGUCAGAUGGUGCUAUUUGUUUUUCAGCAAGUUGAAAGUAAAAGUUGGAAAUUUUUGUUGAGUGACUUUGACUCUAGCCAACUUUUGGGAGUGAAAGGGUCAAAUAUUUGAUUUGGCGAUUCAGUAAUUUGAACUUUCACAUAUACAGGGUGAAGGAUGUUUCCCAAGUCUUAGAAGAGAAACUUCCGCAGAACGAAUCCAAGGGCAAGGUAUGUGCAAGUUAUCUGUGGGUGAGUUUUUUCUGCCAAAUUUGUACGUUGGUUUCGUUAUCUAAGAACCAAUUUUUUUGCUUUUCAUUUUCUUCUCUUCUCUUAUCCUAUCUGUGAGUUGCGAAAAAAUAUACUUCGGAAAGAGCUGUGGCUCUGCGUCGUUGAAAUAUUUAAACACAAACCUUUCUUUUCUUAGUCCUUUUUUGGCUAUUGGUAAAGUCAGGUACUGAAUGUCUAUUAGUGUUGACCUACUUAACAUGACAAACAUGACAAUCGUUGGCUUGUGCCUUGUUUCAAUAAAGCAACGUUAGUGUAGUUCAUGGGCGUGAUUCAAAUCAUGGUCACGUAUGUUUCUUUUUCCUCGUGUGGCCCCAUUUUCGGUUGUAAUAGUUGUUUUAUAAUGUGUGAAACUUAAGUCCAAUGGUGACCAAACCACCAACCUCACUGAAAUUUUCAGAGGGUAAUUUUGGCAUUCCUUACAAAGGUGCUGUAAUGAAUUUGCUGUUUUUGCUUUCUCCAUUACCAGUUGGGUCGCCAAAGGUCAUCUUCGUGUCCAAACAGCCCAGAAAACAAACGUCGCUCUAUUCCUCCACCCAUUGAAAUUACGCCAUCCAAACCACCCCUGAGAAACGCCUACAGCGAAUUGAGCCCUAUUCCCUCUCCCACUGCGCCCAAUUCAAAGUCAGUAGAGGAUUUGUCGAACGAACUCAAAGCUCCGAAUUUUUCACGAAAGCUCACUAGCAGUAUCCGAAGGCGUCUGUCAUCCAAAGGUAAAUCUGGCCAGCGGCAUAGCACUUCAGACGUUUUGGACGACAGAAUAACCAGGUCACAUCGAUCAGCCGUGGAUGACAUGGAGUUUUUGGGAACUGGGGUGAAGUCAAUACCUAGCACCUUACAUCGAUCCGAUGGCGGGAAAGUAAAGAAAGGCCUGUUCAGCAAAAUUGGGCGGAGCAACUCUUUGAGAAGGCGGUCCGAUUCUAAUUUACACAAAAUCACGGGGAAGAAAUCCGCUGAUUUGUCUGUAGGAAGUACUUCGCAUGAUGGUAAGGAUUAAGAAUAAACAAAAAACAAAACAACAUAAAACUUUUCAAUACAUUUGAAUAUUGUUAAAGUGUCAUCUCUUAUAUCGCUUUCAAGUUUGAAAUCUGUGUAGCCAUUUUUGUACGGUUCGCGUAACACUACUUAUUUGACUACACGGGCCGAACUUAACUUAUGGCGUUCUUACACUUCACGUAAAACGAAAGUCAGCGGUAGUCGUGGUUUUCUUCCCUUUGGGUAAAAACAGUGCAGCAAAACGUUUUCUAGCCUGCGUAGUAGGCGCUUGGAAGUAAUAUGCAAGAAAGAGCGGGAGUGCGACGGAAACACGCGAGGGUAAACGCUUUAAGGAUGGGACUGCAAUGUUACAUUUGUUGUUAUGUGCAAUUUUGUAUCUUGUGCCCGCGCCUGAAAUUGUCCGGAGUUGAAGAUUGUUCCUAUAUUUUUUUGAGUGUUUUUUUAAGCCAAUGGUUCAAACUUUGGUUUUUCCCUUUCGGUGACGUGUUGUUCGGUUUAGUUCAAGUUGGGUAGGCAUUUUACUCAUUCGCUAGCCUGCUCAUAGAAACACAAAAAGUUAUAAAAAUAACUGUCCUGACCAAGACAGCAGCUAAACCAUUCUAUGUCUUCUUGUCUUGUUUAUAGACCUGGCAAAGGCGUUGAAACAAACCAAAAUAGUUAGUUGUACUCUCACUCCAGGACCUGUGCAAUGGAAAAAUACGGGCAAGAAAUUCGUAAAGGGAAAUGAAGACCUUGGUGAACUGGAGGCGUUUUUAAUGAAUAAGGUACGUAUUGUAGUACAAGUACUGUGUUAAGUUAUGAUCCAGGUAAGAAGGGAAGUAAUUUUUUUUGUUGUGGCGCAAUACGCUUUCCUCACAUAGAAAUGUUUUCAAUUUCACGCAGAGAAUGCUUAAACCUACAAAAAGGCAGUUUACGAACGAAAAUGUAUUUAAACUCCACUUUUAAAGGGUGUAUUUUUGUGUUAAAACAUUUCGACCAAUCACAAGAGUUGCAAACAAUGGCCAAGAAAUGUUCACAAUUUUACGUUAUCCGCACAUACGAUUUCUGUGUUACUUAGACUCAGACGAGAAUUUGUUAUAAGGAAGUGGGAUAGAAAAAAAGGGAUUAAUAUACAUGCUGUUUUGUGAAGAUUUCGUAAAAUUUGAUGUUUAAACCAAUCAGAACCCAGUAACGCAAAAGUGGUGAUUAGCGAGUCCUUUCUUUAUUCUGAUAACACGCGGCUAAGUAUUUGGUUCUAAUUUUCCAGUCCCAAUGAUUAUUUGAAAAAAUGACUAGAUCUACAUGAACGUUUUUGAAGCCUUUCAAAAAAUUCCCAAUACGUCUUCUAUUAGGUCAAAAAAAAAUCUAAAAAAAUACUUUCCAACUCCUUUAUGAAGCUGUACUGAAGCAGGUUCCUGUUAGUGUUAGAGUCACUAAUAAUUUUUAAAUAUUCUUUGUCUUUCAGGUCUCCAUGUUAAACCAGAAAGAAAAUAAGAGGGACACCAUAGUUGAUCGAGUUUUCAGAAAAGCUCUCCAGGAAUUCCACAUGCAGCUCAUCUCGUCAUACUCAGUUCUAAUGAAGGUAAGCAUCACAUGGCCAAUACAUGACGUCAAAGGUGUUAUCAUCAUUAUUAUCAUUAUCAUCAUCCAAUCGUCGAAAACCGAUUAAUUAGUUCCUGUAACCACUGCAGAUGUAGACAUCCUACCUUUCUACCCAUUCAAAGCCUGCAUAGCUGGCGGAACUGUUUUUGCGCGUGCGAGAGUUUUGGCGAGAAGCGAGCGCUGAAGGCGCGAGAAAUACCACAGCGUCUCCUUCCCAUUCUCCCCGCGGCGUCGCUGCUCCUCUGUCAAAACUUUGCUCGUGCUAACAAUCCCGCUGGCUAAACAGACUGACAACUUGUUCGUUUUUUCCCUCGAUUUGCUUAGAAAUGGGUCGAUAUGUUUUAGGCAAUUCUAUUAUCGUUGCUUUGAUUUCAGUCGGAUCAAGAUUCUUUCAAAUAAUUGUUAAAGAUAUUUCUCAAUGACUGGAUUGUAUUGGCAGCUGAAACAUAACGCACAAAACGAACGACCCGUUUGUUUAAUACCCCGAAGUCUUUCUACAAAUGGCAUGAUGUGGUGUAAAUGAUCACGUACUAUUGAUCUGGGAAGAGUUAAAUGAAUGGAACGCACAAUUGAGAACCAGAUCCAGAUAUCGAUAUGCGGAACGAUAUCCAUACGCAACGUAAUCGUUCUCAUUGCAAUCCAAGUUUGGUUUGGUCUUUAAAGAAAUGACAUCGCUCAAGGAACGUUUCUUUUGUUUUAUGGUAAUGCAAACGGUCUAAGCAUAGAUAAGCGGGAGUUUGUUCUAACGCUGAACUGUUAAUCUGUCGCAAUUAUCAAAACAGAUCAAAAACUAAGCAAUGUUGUUUUCCAUUUUUAUUUUGCGAACAGGAGGACAAGACGUUUACCCUAAAGUACGAGGAUUUGAUGGGACAGUUUGAGUUCACACUGAAUAAAAUAAUCAAAAGCGAACGGAUUAUUGACCGUUUUCCUGUCAUUAUGGGUGUGAACGCUUUUGCUGGAGUGCUGUCUGAGUUUAUCUCCUCAAGGUGACUAUUUAUGUCCCUUUCACAACAACUAAAAAUGUUUGCUUAAACCAGGUUUUAAAAAAUGAAAACAGACAAGGAAAACAGGAACACAGGUUUUCACACAGGAUUGAUAUGAAAUUCAACAUGUUUUGUAAUUUGCAAUAAAUUUGCGAUCAACUUAAGUCAGUAAGCAGUUGUUAUGAAGGAAACAAUUUUACACCAAGUUUAACUAAAUAGCUUUUAAGCUUUCGUGUGAAUAAGGCUUAAGGGCUUAAAUUACUACACAUAAAACACGUCUUUUUGAAUCACAUAGUUUUUUUUUUAUACGUAAUGGAAAACGUAUCUAAGAUGUUCGGUUUUCUUCACCAGCAAGUUGUAAGUUGCGGAUGAGGCAGCGACUUUUUGAGACUUUUCACCCUUAUGAAUGGAGUAGCGCCUUCCCUGUGGUCUCCUUUUGGAGAGCUGUACAGGGAGGUCACCUUAAUUAGUAUAACUGUAUUUUGACUCUGAACAUGAACACCGCACAGCGUUUCGAAAUGUCAGUCACUGUCAACAACAACAGUACUAUUCAGGACUAUGAAAUGACUCGUGGAUUCAAACCAUUCACAGUUUGUACUUUAACCAUGAAGUGCGCGGCGUAAUUAUUUCCAAAAGAACUUCAUUUUCUAGGCACAAUGAAGUUGUCUCUUUUCCUUGUUUUUCUUGGCUGUCAUUUAUUUAUAUAUUUUUAUAUUUAUUUAAUUAUUGCAGAACACAUGCGCCACACAAACAACCCAAGGUAAGUAAAUGACCCCUGAUUGAAUAAUAACACAGUUAACUAUUCCUUUACGGACAACUGUGCAAGACGGAUACGUUACUAAUUUACUUUUUAUCUUUCUUUUUUUUUCAAAAGCACCACAAAAAGCAACAUGUAAAGAAGCGAAAGUCCUCCGAACUAACAGUAAGUAUAAAAAUGUCCUCUCCUUUAAUCUCCAAAGUUUAACUUUAAGCUGUAGGCUGUGGCACCAACUGGACAAGCGGCUUCUUAGUAGUAGUAGGGACUUAACAAUCCGAAGACGCGAUGGCAGCGAACACGUCGCUCAAAAGGUGAAUUUACGUUCUUGCAGUCCUAUCGCGAUUAUUCCUACCCAUUUACUUUAUCGAAGUAAGUAGGCGAACCCUUCUGGAGAUGAAUCGCUAGGAUCCCUUACCAAGUUCAGAGAGAAAUAAAAUUUCGUCGUCGCUUGUUUUCGUCCUCCAUGAAAUGUCAAAUUAAGCAAACUUCACGCCGUAGUCGUGCAAAAAAGGCAAAGAAAUGUACAAAAAAGUGUGAUGCACUAGCAAAGUUGUCGUUCUACCUUCUAAACCUAUUGUUCUGUUGUUGUUUUUUGACGUUCUCGUUAGUAGAGCGCGUGAGACGCGCGAGUGCGUGAAAGGUCGAGUCUCUUGUGCCGCGUCGUUCUCGCGAAGAGCGAUUUUCUAUGGCGUACGAUCCCCGCCAAGAUCGUACUCCAUAAUUUUUGCGUCCUCUCUUAUUUCUGUGGCUGAAAGGUGGUCUAGAUUGACAGAAUGAAACACUGGACCACCUUUUGUCUAUUGCUUUGCUACGUAGUUUCUUUAUUAAUAUCUACCGGAGUAUGUCAGUAACUCAUUGCCCUAAGUAGAUCAACCGACAGGUCUUUUCAGUUUGCCAUUGCCGAUAGUUAGUACACGAAAUAAAAACAACAACGGCGAAUUAAAAGGCGGCACCCAACAUGAAAGAACACGAAAGCUGCAUUAAAAUUCUACCCUUGUAAUUAUAUCUUUAAGCUUUUUAUUUAAAUUUAAAAGCUGCGAAAUAUAAGGAUGAAAUCGUUUCGCAUACAUUAGGACAUUUUCCAUAAUAACCAAUUAAAAUUCGAGGAAUUGAAAUUGUGACGUCAACGGGCGGCGCGGCAGUACCGAGUGAAGGUAAAGUUUGUAAUUCUCUUUCUUUUGCGACGUGUUUUUAUCAUGGCUUGCUCAUCAGCGAAAGGUUCUGUGAACGUUACCACCGGCCACAAAAUCAGGAGAUGGUCUACUAUCGGUAUGAGGAGUCGAACGUCGAGUAUAGGCGCGCCCAUGGUAUGCCCGUUACAAAAUAACUAUGUUAUGUGAGAGGUGGCCUGCCUCAUUAAUUGCCUUUCUCUUUCCUAAUUAUGUUUUAAAGAAUUUCAAUUGCGUAGUUAUUAAGGCUUUCCUUAUCAGAUACUGUAUCGUUAUCUCUUGAACUUGCUAAUUGUCUCAUGUUUUGCUGGAUCCUCUCUUUCGAACUGUGUUUCAAACGCUUGAAGUGGAAUCUCCCUUAAAUUGGAUGUCAACUUUUCUGCCUUCGCCUAGUUUCCGUUUGUAAGUUAAAGCUGAAAACUAAGUCUUUCAUCCGGAUUUUUUGUUGUUGGCGUAUUCCAUCUUUGCGUUGUAAUAUUAUGGCGAAAGGGUGAUUUGUGACUGAGGCUACAUUUGUCACAAAUUUCUAGAUUAGAUUGUAGCGAUGAUGAUGUCCUUAGAGAAAAAAAAAUAUGUUUUCGUAAAGAAACACAGAGGUUAUUUUUGCAGCUAGUUUAUUUGUGAAUUGUAACGUCUAUUUUUUUUUAUCUUUCUUGUAAAGCAAAACGUUGUUUAUGCUACUCUUUCAGUGGACUAUUUGUUUUUCAGUCCGGAUAAAUUAACACCUUCCGAUAACUUAGUUUUUUUCUCGUUUGGCGACAUAUUUAAGCCAGAGCACGUUCUCAGUUGAAAAAAAGAACAUGAAUAAAUUUCGUUUAAUUCUUUUGUUGUGGUCAAAGCAGUUAAUAUUCAUGAAAAACCUCGAAAGUCAUGAAAUUUAAAAGUUUCAGUUUCCAAGCCUGUAAACGGUCAUGGAAUUUAAUUGUUUGUCCUGGAAAGUCAUGGAAAAUUGAAGUUAUGUUUGGUAGAUUAGCUAUUGCAGAUAGGCCAAUGUAAAUUAGAGACGAGUAAUUAAACAGCGUGAACAGUAGCAUUUUGGUGGACACCAGAACUUUUUGUUUGUCGAACUUAGCUAGGUCAAGAAUACCUUAAAACAACUUAAAGGAAAGUUAAAACUAACCCUAGGGCCGUAGAAAACUUAUCAAGGUCACGAAAAAAUCGAGAAAUGUCAUGGAAUUUGAAGAGUUCAAAUUGUAUCACUAUGAAAGUGAACAUGGCCUUCGCAGUAGAAUGAACAACCUAAGCGGUUGAAAAAAAUUCAGGCUUGACUGGGACUCGAACCCUGACUUUUUUCGAUGACAGGACGCAUCGCCCUAUCCGGUCAGAGCAAAGGACAGAGUUCGAUUCCUGGCCAUUCCUGAAUUUUUGGUUGACUGUUUAGUGUAAAGAGCGUCAGGUGAUCCUUCUAUUGGCGUGAAACGAUUGCUUGUAGUUACUCAAUUUUUGCGAUGCCGUCAGUGCGAGCUUAAAGCACUUUUCAUACUGAAAUAUCCUUUUUUUAUUUUCAGGAAUUUAAUGGACACCAGUUCUCUACCACUCAGUUCAGUAUCCCAACGUUUUGUGAGCAUUGCGGAGGGUUCAUCUGGGGUCUUGAGAAAGGAUUCGUUUGCCAAGGUAAAGAAAUUCCUUCAGAAACCUAUUAUUUUUUUGUGACUGAAUAAAGCAACAUCAACAGUGAGAAACAACAACACAGCGCCUGAAAAAACUUGAAUUCCAGCGCGCCCGUUAGCCAAGCAGCCCUCGCUGCUUCAAUGCCAGGCCCAGGGCAAUUACUUGCUUGUCUUAGGCAAUGGUUUACUUGGAGGAUGGCUUGCUGGACCCUGCUCAUCGGGCAAGUCGGCUUUAAUUGUGUCCCGAACUGAAAGUUUAUUUUCUGUUACAUUGUUAGAUUGUUGGGACGCCUGGGCAGUAGGCUCUAAGUUUACGGACGUGUGGGAACUAGGCCCAAAGUUAGUCUUCAGGGACUCGGACCCUUGUUUUUUUUAUUUGUACUUUUUUGCUUGUGAAUUCUUGUAGUUUGUUUAUCAUGUUUAUAUUUCGCAAAAUAGAAUAAACAAAAUAAACAAAGAGUUACUUAAUGCCCAAGAAGAAAACCUUCUCUUCCCGGACGAGCCCUGCAUUUGCAUUAACAAAGCAAAGUUUACUACUGGCUCUCAACAUGCUGACAUAAUGAAACAGUUUGUGCUAUUCCCUUUUAAUCUCAGUUUUGUUAAUUUACUCGUUUUUGGGUUCUCUUGCAUCAUUGAUCGUAUAAUUUAAAAUAACUGUUUUAAAAAUUUUAUUUUUCUUUGCAGAAUGUAGAUUUACCUGCCACAAGAAGUGUCACGCCAAAUCUCAAAACAUUUGCCGAAAGGGAACAAACAAAUCAAAAGGAAAAGUAUGAAAAUUCUCAUUCUAUGUUAAUACGUAAAGGCGCUGGGUUGGAGCGGUUUUCACGUAACCUGCUUCUUUAUGUACAAUAAAAGUGGCAGAAAAUUGUCGUGCAUUAGUAUCUGAAGGGAAGCGUUUGAUGCCAUUCGAUGGAUGGAAGCAGUGAUCAGUAACGAGGCUAUCUACAAGCUCUUGUUCAUACUUAAUUUUCUAUUCAUGACUCGGAAUUUUGACUAGGACAGACUGUGGUUGUGCGUACAGAAUGGUGCCUGGAAUCGCAUGUAUCUAGUUAUAUUUGCCUGUUUCUGUUCAUUUAUAGAUGACAGAUGACGUCAUAAUGUGUUUAGAAAAGCGAAAGUGGCACAGCGGUCCACAGGCGAAUGUCACUGAUAAUCGUACCAAAUUUGACGUCUUUUGCGAAGUAUAAAUAACACUCACGUGUCGUGUGUUGUUUAGUGUGUUGCUUUCUUGGCCAGCUUGUAACAAACACGGGUGUUUUUGUUGUUUUCAGACGGAACUUUUUGGUGGUGAUCUAUCUUGUCUUGUCUCAAACGAAAACGUGGUUCCACCUUUAGUUGACAAGCUCAUCAAAGACAUUGAAAAAAGAGGUAAGUUCUUGGAAUCAUCAUCUUCCCUUCCUUGUUCCUAGGUGGGGAACAAGGCAGAAAAUCAUCCCUCUCCAACUGUAAAGUAAUUUCCUGUUUUCUCAGUUCGCAAAUGUUUUAUAUCGGGGGGUGAUCGACGCCACGUCACGGAAACCCCGAGGGAUGUUCUUUGUCUGGUCUCUCACACUCGGUCUUUCAUGGUUGGACCUCCCAGGGAUAAAUCCCCUUCGGCAUAGCUCCCAGGAUCAUCAUUACAUGCAGGUUCACCGACAAGACCGGGAGCCCGAGGUGAAGAGACCCUAAAAUUAAUUUUGGAUUAAUAGUCACAUACGCAGACUUGGAGCGCGUAAACCGUGAUGAUAUCCGUGUAAACCUCCAAAUUGCAAACGAAAGAAUCUUUAGUCUUACCGAGGUAUUUGCAUCUUGCUGGGGACAUUCUGUUUCAAUACCCUAUGGGUCCAAUCCAACCCAAUCUCGCAGUUGCUGAUUUCAGUUUGUUCAUUAUUGGGAGCUUCGAGCUUGUCAUUUUGUUUUAUGGGGUUUGUUAAUUUUCUGGCUCGUAGCUAGAGGGUGCCACACUCCAGAGUUGUUCAUGUCCUAAGCUAGGAAGAUUCUUUAAUAUUUACACUCACAAUGUCAACUUUGACAACUGAUUGACUUCAACAAACUUCGCUGCUUUACGUUGCUUUGCUCUUUUUAAACAUGUGUGUCCCUCUAUUAAUGUUCGCAGCAAUCUUAGCACAGGGAACGCUUUACCAUAAUUAAACAUUUUUGAUGACAGACUGAUGUCUUUGACUAUUUUAAAGAUUUAAAUACCGAAUAUUGGCUCUCUUAUUUAUUUAUAUAUUUAUUUAUGUACGUAAUUGCAUAAUGAUUUAUUUUUGAUUUUACAGGUCUAUACACUGAAGGUCUUUACAGAAAAUCUCCCAGUAAUGUAGCGGUCAAAAAGCUCAAAAACGAUAUCUGUACGUUAGGUGAGUAUUCUCUUUAAUUGCUUUUCGAGUUUGCCGAGCUUAGCUGAAGAUAAUUAAGUCAAAGCUCUUUUAAACGGACAAUCCUUGUUAAGAAAAUCAGAUCUUAGGAGAGAAAGGUUUAAUUGAUAACAAAAACAACCGUGAACCUUACAGCGACACGGAGAAUACCCCGAGAAAACAGCCACCACUGGUUUCUCCGCGAAAAUGAGAAACGAGUACAGAAAUUCCAUACUGAUGACGUGUCACUGCCCUGAUCUGGGUAGUGCUUCUGAUUGGUUGAAGCAAAUUUGUCACGCAACACAACCAAUCAGAAUCUGGGUAGCGAUACGUCAUCAUUAUGGAAUUUCUGUACUCGUUUCUCAGACGUCAUUUCGCGGGGAAACCAGUGGUGGCGUCGCGAAAUGUCGGCUGUUUUCUCAGGCUACACGGAAAAAGGACUGUGUCUAAACAAACUUGAUCCCAGCCUUGCUUCCACCAGCGUCUGUUAAUUGUGGUUUUUUUUUUGACCGGCGUUGUCUCGUGCGCUUUCAGGUAUUGACCAUGUUAAUUUAGAGGAGUAUACAGUGCACGUGGUUGCAGGAGUUUUAAAACUGUUCUUCCGACAGUUGUCUGUUCCUGUCAUCACUUCAGAUUUCUAUAUGGAUUUCAUACGCACCGCCGGUGAGUGCAAAAAAAUAACUUUUUAUUGUUGCUUCUUUUCUCUUCGUAAUCCGCGUUGUUUUAAAGGUUAAAAUAAUAAAAAUCUUACAAUAGAACUGUGGGGUAAGAAAUUGAAUCUAAUGAAGGUCAUUACAGUUAAAGACGCAACUUUUGCGGUAGCAAUAGGAAAGCAAAUUCGAACCUUUGACGUCUGCGUUUCCAGUGAAGCGCUUUACCAAUUGAGCGGUUAUCACGUCAGCUGGGAGCUGGUCAUUUAGUCGUUUCAUUACUCAACUCGUGAGGGAUGAAGAUGAAAUAAUGAACGUAUGAGCAGCUGUGAAGUUGUAUCAAAGACAAAGUUUGGAGUUGAUUGUAGGAAGCUUAGCCCUUCUAUUCUGAAGAGCGCCCGAAGUCAAGGUUUAUAAGCCGGGAUAACCAAGGUACAUAAACUAGUUUUCAGUGACAUGCAACGUACUUGCGAAGAGGUCUCUUCGGAAGUAGGAGAUAUCGUUUUAUCUUGCUAAUUUCUAAAUUCUUGCGAUCUUUAUGUUUACUUAAGUAAUUUUUUAAGGAAAAAUAAGGUUUUGAGUUCACUUGUCGUGAUGCAACGAUUUUACCACUUCAGUCGCUUACAUCUGAACCGUUAAAUAUUUUUUCUUAGAUCUGAGUGAAGAAAAGUUACGACUUCAGGCUCUGUACAGCUUGAUUCAGAAACUACCCAAGGCAAGCAAAAACACACUGGAAAGAUUGGUCUUUCAUCUUUCAAGGUGAGAAAUUAAUCAGACAUUGAAUCAAACAUCAGGGGCACCCAACGACUGUUUUCUGUUCGGAGAAACAAAUAUUAGCUAGAAUUUUUUAUUACUUGAGAACGGCUAAAAGUUUCUAGAUGACCGUUCCAUUCAUGUAGUACAAUUUUGGAAGCUUAUUUAAUAAAUUUCCUACGAUUUUCUGAAGUUUAAGUAUUCAAGUUUAAGUAUUAGGAUGCCUAAAACUUUCGGAUUCAAAGUUGUGACGGAUAGAGGCAUCAGAAAAAUUGUCACUUUCGCAAUAAGUCAAAUUCCAUCUAGAAUUUUUGGCAAAUAAUACAGAAGCCCUUGUAUUUUCGAACAGACUCAAGUUCCCUUGGAUGUUUUAUAGCGCCGCUUAGAAUGCAUUUCUAGAGAUCUAAGAGUACUCUGCAUAGCCUAAAAAGUGUUUUCAAUGUAUUUAGGUCGUUGAGUGCCCCUGAGUCAUACAUCGCAGACAACGAGUAGCUAAGGUUCGAAACAAGAAUCAAGCAGUUGUCGUUUGCUAUUUGCUUGCAUUUGCUUCAUUGACGUAGCUGCGAGAGAACGCGCGAGCAAGCGGUAAAGCACUCGUGUCUCCUUUCGAGUGCUGCUCUCGCGUGACAUCUCGCGACUCCCCCAAAUGGAGAGCUUGCUCGCAGGCUAACGUUGACGUGAGUGAGGUCAGAUUGCAAGCCAUAGUACAAACAACAGACCAUGUCUGUUCGUUUUCUUAUGCAUUUGGUAAUGAUUGAAGCCUAAAAAGUGAUAAACUCUUAUCAAAUUCAUCAGCUUCGUCUAUUACUUGGGGAUUAAGGUAACCGGGUUGGUGCCCAAACACUUAAACACCGGAAUUAUAAAACUUUUGAUAUUUUUUGGUCCGUAGAAUAUCUCAACAUCAGGAUGAAAAUCUAAUGAACGCUAAUGCGCUGUCUAUAAUCUGGGCACAAUGUCUCAUUGGAACGCCCGCUGGUAUGAGUGCGCUGGAGAGCAUGCAAGACGUGGCCAAACAAACCAAGUGAGUGAUGCUUUCAUUGAGUUGGUGAUGCUAAAUUCUGCCAAGGGACCCGAUCGACGAUAGAGUUGUCGACAAAUAUAUUAUAUUUUAAUCGAUAUUUAUGCGCAUUAUAAGAUUGCUAAAUGCCAAUAAGGCAAGAGGUCGCGACAUCUGUCGAUAAAUAUUUUGUAGUCAACAACUAAACUAGUAAACAACUCUAAACUCUUUGUGCGAGGCGAGUAAAUUUUCAAUGGCAGCAAAAUAGUCUCUUUUUUCAGUGUAAAAAUUAUCUCUUGUUUGAAGUAGUUUACUAUGUUACAUACCGCAAAAUCGCCCGGAUUCCUAGUCCACAAUUUCUUCAUUUGGAAAGUUUAGAAGAGCGCAAAUUUUUUCAUUUUAGUAAUAUUGGUUUUCCUGGCUUUUUCCAGGGUAGGUUUUUUUAAACUGUCUUCUUGUUUUGGCAGCUAAAGCUAAGCUUUCUUGUUGUUGUUGUUGUUAGAUGUCUCGAAACCCUGAUUCUCGGUCAGUUAUCCAAGAUCCGAACAACUCUGCACAGCAUUCGAGAACUUGACAAGGCAACGGACUCAGCUCACCAGCGCUUGUCGACGUUGAACCUCAACGAAGAGGUAAGCCCAUUAUUUCUGGUCCGAUAUCCAGCUCAGUCGAUGUCGGUUGUAUCUUUUACACACCGUUAAUAGAUCGUUCAUUGUCCCCUAGUUUUUCGGGCGAUUAUGGCCGAGUGUCAGGCGAUAAUCGCACUAGGCGUGGCGCGGAGGCGUAAGGCCCACUAUGGAGCGGUUUCACAAGACGCCACGUCAUCCAUAUAUAUAGGUAUCCCAAAACAAUGAGGAGGAUGGGCUUGUCAUCUGGAGGCUCGGGGUUCAAUGCCCGCACUAACCGCGAGCUGGAUUUGUUCUCGGUAGUCCCGAGUUCAGCUCCUCGGUCAUGCUUGUAAAUGGCCAACUGGUUUGCCUUCGGCCACCAUAAUGAAAACUACUGGUUUACCAGUAAUUACGUUUCCCCUAUAAAGUCAGUUUUUUUAAUGAAACGGUAGCUAUGUUGUUGCCCCAAACCAAUCCUGUGAGAGAUGAACCUUCUUAGGUAAAGAUUUGCCUUUGUUGCAAUAAAUUUCCAUAGAUGCUGGUCACCUGGGUGAAAAACUCCAUAGGGUACAAGUUUGUAGCAUGCGAUAUGGUUCCAGAAAGCCUCUAUGGCGCGUUAUUUAUAUUGUGUUGUGUUGACGACACGCAUAAGCUAGCGGCAACUCAUAUAAAUGUUUAUUUUUGUGUUACAGGACGAGGGAUUGGUGGAAAACGACUUAGAAGGCGAAGUAAACGAAAAAAUGCUUCUCAGGCAACAACUAUAUGAAUUACGAGAACAAAGGUUGGUUUUUCGCUCAGCUUUAUUCCAGCUAUCUUUAAAUACCUCUUUACACUUUCUCUCCCAUAGUGAAUCUUUAGGGUGGAAGAGCAUUGUUCUAUGAGAUGGUGCGUGGUAAUAAUUUCUGCAACUUUUUUUUUCUCUAGGGUAAAAAUUAAUGGUGUCCUAAAACGUUCGUGAUACAUAUCACAAUAAAAUGUUUAGUCAAACUCGGCUUGUGGAACCAUAUUUUGGCCAAAGCCACUUAAACGGACUGACCCGAGGUUAAAUAUCGAUGUACCGCUCUUCCAAGAUUCUCAAAUUAUUUUUAAGAAAUAAUUUGAGAUUUUCGAAAAUCGACUUUUAAAAGCAAUUCACUAUAUGGAUAACUCCUAGAUUACCAUGUAAGCCCUAUUAGUGACCAGAAUAUAAUUUCUUUUACAGUCAAAACAGGUCAAGCGUACCCCCCCCAAGAUUCUAUUAAUGAAUUGAUUAUUUGAAAAAUGAAUCCGUUAGUCGUUCCCGUAACUGGUGUCAAAUUCAAAUCGGAAUUACUGCAUGCGUAAUGAGCAGUGAAUAAUUUACGUUAACUUGUUUGUAUUUGGUCAGAUUGAAAAUCUUUGAAUGAAUUAAAAUUCUUAGAAGACACUUACAUCAAAUUCAGGGAAACUGAGCUGGUAGAAAUUUCGUAACUGAAUCGCGUUUGAAUUCACGGUUCAUUACGCAUGCAAGAAUGUAGAGAUGGAUCUGAAAUCUACAACUGCCAACGGACUCAACUUUCGAAUAAUAAAUUCAUUAAUGAAAUUUUGAGGGGUAUGCUUGACCUGGCUUGAUUGUAAAAAGAAUCUUUAAAAAAAUGCGCGUAUUUGUCGCUGGUAUUAAAACGCGCGUCUGAGAUUUGUAGACCUUUGAGAGAGAGCUUUUUAGCUCCAGCAUCAUGUGCUAUCAUUUUUACAUCACCAGUAAGAGCAAUCUCUACUUAAAGCGAUGAAGGUUUCAAUACUAGCCGGCAGAUUUUCGUUUCUAAAAGCUCUCGAUGUUAUGUCAACUCCUGGCUACAACUACUCAAUCGCUCAUCACUUUUAUUUGUUCCUUUCAGAGCUCUUUUAACAGCCAAACUGACCAGUUUAGGGCCUGGUAACCCCAGAAGAGCAGACAGCGAAGAGGAUUUGGCAAGCGAUGACUGUCAAACUGAUGAUGAUUUGGACGCAGGUUACGAAGAGGAACUAAGGGAAGAGUACGCCGUCACCUUUGACCUCCCUGGUAAGUCAUCGGUUAGUCACUCAGGUUUGAAAUGUAAAUAAGAGCUUAUUUAUUUUUUGUAUCCUCUCUAUGAGCUGAUAGCUGUAGAGAAAUGGGGUAGUGAACGCAAAGAAACGAAAAGAAUGAAAAUCAAAACACAGUGAAACUUCUUUUAAGCGACCACCUGAAAUGCGACGAGUUUGUGGUCGCUUACGAGAAUCGACCAACAGGUGGUCUCCUCCGGGAAGAGGUCCCGGGACAUCUAAUUUUUUGCCAAAAAAAAAAAAAUUAUUGCAUGCAGUUGACGAUAUGUGUGGUUCCAUGUUGAUUGUUCUCAUUAAAACUUCUUCGUAUAUUCCUAGUAGCGUAGUACAAGAGAGCGAACAUAAAGAUCGGGCCAUGAAUCAAGCGGUCUUUUACUGGAAGUUAAUAACGAUGAUAACUAUAAAACUGUCAAGUGGUCGCAGUCGCCAUAAAUCUUUUAUUCUGUAGCGUCGAAAGGCGGUGGGGGAUUGGGAGGAAGGGAAAUAGGGAGAGGAAUUCCCCCCUCCCCCUCCCUGUCCCCCUACCCUCCCCCUUUUUGCGCCUGCCAAGCAGGCUCGAAGUCUGCGAAACACCAUUUUCGGCCUUAUAAGUGACUGUGUCCCGAGCCUUAUUGCAACUGGUUGUAGUGACAAUCAUAGGAGAGUGUAACAGAUUACACUAGCAAACGGAUUCUUAUUCUUUUAUUACUUUUUUGUUGUAGCAACUCCCAUUCAGUUACAUCAUUUAACCAAGAACCGCGCCAGGCAACCUGUCAAGAGACGGCGUCCCACAAGAGCCAAGUUACGCCAGCAUGAAAUAGAGAGAUAGGACACCACGUUCCAUGUUACCUGAAGUAAAUCAUAUAUACCAAUGUGUACAGUUACCGAGCAACGCCUCUGAGAUUAACUUAGGACACGAGGUUUAACCGGCUUUGUCUUAAGACUGAGUGACGAGCAUCAAUUUCUCUUGACAAACACCAUCAAUUAUUAAUGAAAUGGUCAACUAAGGGGCAAAUGCUUUGAUCGUUAAACAAAUUCCCCUAGCUUAUUCUUUAAGGAAAUGUAUGGAGAUUAGUCUAGAGAAUUUGUAUGUCGAUUUUGGGGCUGAACGGGUUAAAUCUUGGGUCUGCCUUGUUCUUCCUUGGAAAUAUUAAGAUAAAUUCCUUUUCCUACUUUCCCCCAGCGAUUCCUGAGAUUAAUUCACUAUCGAUUAUUUCCGUGAUCUUCAUUCAAACUUACUCUAGCCUCUUUUCCAGCGUGAGUAGACCUCAUUCACGAUACCCGCCAUCUUUGCACGCGCUUAAGGACUGAUGGGAUAAGUAAUGUUACUUGGUUUCUCAGGGGGCAAACAAGUGAAAAAAAUUGCCCGUGCAAAAAGUCGUGGUCGAGUUUGCUUAUUCUAGACAACAGAAAAUGAACUUUUCAUCUUGAAGAUGGUAAUGGCAAAUUAUUAGUGGAAGCAGUCAUUGUUACUUUUCUCGGAAGCAGUAGCGACCGUAAAUGUGUAAAACUUGUGGAAACUCGAACUGUACAUUUUGCGUGACUAUUAAAUCUUGGUACAGUUUUGAUAGAAUUAACAAAGUCGACCGCGAUUACUCAUAUUUUCAAAUUUUAUCACUUGUUUACCC